AAAGCAAUGGUGUAUGCAGAAAGUCAGAUUAACUUGGGCACAGACUCCUCUCUGAGACCUUGCUGUAAUCCAGAGUGUUACCCCAAACCUGACUGCUGCCAUUGUUAAAUGACGGAGUAGUCUGCUGUAAUACUCUCGGUGACGUCGUAUGUGAGAUCUGUGAUUCAGAUGCAUUCAGAACCACAGUAAAAUGUAAAUGCCUGGUAUUGAAACUCUUUGAAUACAUAUGGUAUGUCCGUUUAUAGUGUGCAUCAUUAUUUCUAGCCCACUGUUUAAUUGUUCUUUCUGCUUUUAGUGUGGCACAUUGAUUCCUUAAAAUAAUGAAUUGUACUGUGUAACACUGUUUUGUUUGAAUUUUCCAUUUAACAUGUCAUUUAUGUCCAACCUUCAUAUGUAGAAAAAGAAUGUGAUGUACCGAAAUGUAUAGCUGGGUCUAACUUGACAAGUGCACAAAAUAUUCAGUAGUUUUGUACUUUCUGGAGAACCAAAAAGCCAUAGCAGUUUACACUAAUCUUGUAUAUAUUUUAUAGUACUAUAUCUUCAUGCCGUUUAACCUUUCACCCAUCCAAACUCUACUGCAGUUUCAGUUUUUGCAUCCAAUCUUCUUAUCUAUAAGAAACUCCCUAUAUUCCUAAUAAAGUUCUCCCUUUUCUUAUUUUUUUUUUUUUUUUAUGUUCACCCUCUCUUUUCUCAUUGCUAAAAUAUUUAUCUUUCUGCUAAGCUGUUCCUGUUCACAGCAUCUUCAUCACCCACACUUUACUUCCAUCCUCUCUCUGCUCAUCCCAUGGACUUUACUCCUACCUUUCCCCCCAUUCUCCACCAACUCAUUCUAAAUCCUCCAAAUACAAGCUUGCACCCCAACCAAUUUAAAUCUUACUCCCACCUAAUCUUACUUUCUGUCCUGCUCCUAGCAGCUGGUUAUGUCCCUCCUCCACAAACCUACCUUGUGCUACCACUAGGAACCAAUCUUAUACCUAUCCCAUGUAACAUUCCCUUUAAGUCCUCCAUUCUCACUGCACUCUGGAAUGCAUGCUGUGUGUGCAACAUCACUAAAUAAACUACUGUCUGUGACUUAUUUACCCCUGCUCCCUAAAAUUACUUGCUUUAACUGAAACAUGGCUUUCCCCAUCUGUCACUGCUACCCCUGCCUUGUUAUUCUGUGAUGAUCUUCAUUCACUUUACUCACAACCCAAGCCAAUCUGACAGUAAAGGUGGCAGUGUUGGGUUUCUGCUAUCACCCUACUGCUCCAUCAAAUUUCUAGCCCGCCUCCCCCUAUGUUUCUCCUCAUUGAAAUUCAUUCUACUUGCCUGUUCAUAACCAUCUCUGCAAACAUUGCCGUUCUUUACCGCUUUCCGUCUUCUCUUCUAUUUUGCAGCCUGGUAAUACUUCCUUUACUCUAAUAUUCCAUCCCUAAUUAUUGGUAAAUUUAAACAUUCCAAUUAAACUAUUCUUGACCUCUGUAGCCUCACAACUUCUUUCAGUUCCUCCUUUUGGCUAUCACAGUGGGCUAUUUCUCAUUACCAUCAAUCUAUGAAUGCACAAUCUCUAAUCUCUAUAACUCUCCAUUUUCUUUCUUCUCAUUCAUUUGUUCUUGAGAACCACCUCACCCAACAAUCUCAGCCUAACCCAUCUCAACUUAGAAGGAACCUUAAUUCUCUUUACCUGAAGCAACGCUCAGCUGAUGUUUUGUUCUGAGUUCUCAUCCAUCCCUAACUUAUCCUUAUCUUGACCCUUUCUGGCUGUCUCCUCAUAUAAUGCUACCCUCACUCCCGCCCUGGAUGCUUGUCUCAUUUUUUGUCGUUUCAUUUUCCACUCUUAUAAUAUUGUAAAGCACUGCGGAAUAGCUUGUCGCUAUAUAAAUGACAAAAUAGUAAUAAAAAAUAAAAAAACAAGUGCAGUUUUUCUUGCCUUUCAAUCCCUCUUACUAAUUUAAUAGCUUGCCAUUUUUAUAAGACAAUAUCUUUCUUUAAAGAGACACCCCAUUGCUCAAAUGCGAAAAAGAAAAUCACUGUUAUGUAGAUAUACCUCAAAACAUGUGUGCAAUUUUUUUGUAACUGAAGGUAUAUCUGAAAACAUCACAAUUUUAAUUGAUACCUUUUUUGCAAGGCAGGUUUUCUGGUCAACUGCUUCCUCUUGAGUUUAGAUCCACUGCGCUAACCAAACAAGGAAAUAACUGGACCAGUUGUCUGAAUCACAGCCAGGUGCAUGUAACAAGAUGAAUUUAUAAAAGUGCCAAAUUCUAUUGAAAUUUGCACUUUUUGUAAACCAAAGAGAAGACCACCACAAACACUUUAGCUUUCUGAAGAUCUUUGUUUAGAGUUGUUUUUUUUUUGUUUUUUUUAAAUGGGUUUAGAGUGUCCCUUGAAUGCUUUACAUUUUAUUGCACAAAACUUCUCAACAGACCAAUACACGUACCCAGCACCUGAAACUAUGAGGGGGAAAAACCGCCCCACAAAGAAACCAAUACACACCAUAACCCAAAAGGAACAAGGCUAUUAUGAGAUGCAACUUUUCACACAUAAACCGCUUCAGCAAGCUGAAGUGCUUUAGUGGUCUGGGGUGUCCCUUUAAAACUGGUGCCUAAAAUUGCUCCUCAUAUUUAAGAGGUUUCUUACUAUUGAUUUAUAAAGAGGCAACUAUAUUUUGAUCACGUGGAUGCCUAUUCUUGUACAUUAAAGCACCUUUGUUAUAUUUUCAUGGAUAAUUGCAGUGAGGUUCUGCUUUAUAGUUAUCUAUAUAUAGACUUUGUUUUGUAGGUGUAAUGUCAACUUUAUUUGUUAUAAAAUACCCCUUUCCCUCAUUUUGUAAAAAUAGCAAAUAGCAGCGUCAUCACUCUCUGGUGCGCAUGCACCAAUCAGGGUUUUCAUAGAGCGGCAUUCAAUGAACUGAGCGCUCUACCGCACACAUGCACGUUCGCUGCCUAUGCCCACCCCCCUCCUACGGCAACCCUACUAAGCCAAAAGUUUGUAUGCAAACACACUAUAUAUAUAUAUAUAUAUAUAUAUAUAUAUAUAUAUUUAUUUAUUUAUUUAUUUAUUUUUUUUUUUCUCAAAAUCCAAAUAGGUUAUGGUGGGGAAAAAUUGUGAUUGAAAACCCCUUCCACCUGAAGUCUGUGGAUAGUUAAUACAAGGUACCUUGUAUUAACUAUCCACAGACUUCAGGUGGAAGGGGUUUUCAAUCACAAUUUUUCCCCACCAUAACCUAUUUGGAUUUUGCUUCCCAAGCACUACCAAGCCUCAGUAAGCAAACCAGUAACCAACCUCAUGUUGAUGAGUUGCAUUAACAAGGAAACAGUUGUCCAUGAGUGGUUCACUGGUUUUGCAUCUUUUCCUAAAUUGUGUUCCAAGCAGUUGUAUACUGCAAACACAGACUAAAAGGAAUCCAUGUUUAAAAUGGAAUGAGGCAAAAAUGUGAUUCUUUGUUAAACUAAUUUGCAUAUGCCUACCCAGAAUCCUUUGCGGUUGUAACAUCACUGCAGAUUUGGGAUUUGUGUGGGAAAAGCAAGUCUUAUGGCUUGACUGGUGUGCAGAUUUUUGUUUAACAUUGUAAUAUUAAUAAAUAUAUAUAAUAUAGCGAUAUCUCUAUAGUGUUUGUAUACAAACACACAUAUUUUAAAUAAAUAUUAUUAAAGACAUACACAAACUCCCUCUCUAAUGUAUUCAUCCAAGUGUGAAGAUGUCAAACAUGAUGAAUGCUAAUUAGGCUUUCAUGAACUCGGAAGUCCCUCUGGUGGCAGUCGUAGUGACUGCAACUGGAGGUGUUCCUAACUUCAAUAUAAACACUAUAUUUUCUCAGAAAUGUCAUUUAAAGACCCAUCACUGUGAGUAUUAUUACUAUGGAGCUCUAAAAUUCAAAUUCGCAGGGGCCUGGCCGCCGACUGAGCAGGACACAGGUUUAGAGAGCUCCUCAGCCUCAAUGACCUUUAAGCCGAAAAAAGUAAAAUAUGCCUCUUAAAUCCUGCUACCACAACCUUGAGCAUCCCUCAACCUGGGAGUGAAUGGGUAGCCUCUUGGCUUGAAAACCUGAUGCCAGAGCUUACUCUUAGAGACAAGGGCCUCCUGUGGCCUGCAACUUGCUUCUGGGUGGGAGAUGAGUUCUAUCUCCAGUCUCCCGGUGUCGCAUCAAGCCGACCUCACUGACCUACUCUGCCACAUUGAAACGCGACUGGAGGAAGUUUUCAACUGCUUUUGAACUACCUUAAUGGGCGUCCUGCGCAAACCUACCACUAGUGAGAGAGCAGACACAUGGCGGGACAAGGCCUGAGAGACCUCCUCCCCCAAGGGCAAACCGACCUCAAGAACAGCAGAUUGUCCUACUUUAUGCUUUCCUGGGCCUAAACUAGACACGAUUGACACUCACACUACAUUUAUAAGUUAUUUAUAAAUUGUUAGUUAUAUCUAAUGUUGGGACACAUCUGCGUACUCUGCCGAUACAUCACUAAUUCUACCAAAUGUAGCCUGUCCUACAUAAUCUAAUGUUUGUAAUAUCUAUGCACAACUAAAAUAAAGAAUAAAAAAAAAAUUGGAUUCACUUUUUGAAUUCUCAUUUAAAGGGAUUCUACAGUACCAGGAAACAAACCUGUUGUCCUGGCACUAUAGGGUUAAUCUCCCCCCUCUCCACCUUGUUCCUCCUUUUUCGCUGGGCUGACGGGGUUAAAACCCUUUCAGCUACUUACCUGAAUCCAGCGCAGAUGUCCAGGUGUUGGGUCAGGCUCUGCCCACACAAUGGCUGGCGCAUUAGACCUCCCCAUAGGAAAGCAUUAUUUAAUGCUUUCCUGUGGGAAAAUCUGACGCUGGAGGUCUGUGAGGACGUCCUGCGUAGGAUGACGGACCAAAAGUCCGUUUGGAUUCUGGAAGCCCUCAAACUUAGAGCUGAAAUGUUUUCAAUUGCAGCACUAUGUGCAAAAGGGUCACAGCACCCAGACUACUUAAAUUAACUAAAGUGGUCUGGGUGCCUACAGUGUGCCUUUAAGGAAUAACUUUCCAUUAGUUUGUGUUUUUAUUUAUUGGAUACACUGAUGUUUCUCCCUUAAUAAUUUCUGUCCAUAACUGUGAAGUAAUACAGAAAUAACUGAAGAUAUAUCACAAUCAUUGGAAAAACUUAUUGUAUUUUUGUCUUGGUAAAUGCAAUGUUUAAUCAGAUUGAACAAUAUUCAACAUUUUUCAUAUAAUCUUUUUAAUUACAAAUGUUUGAAGUCAAUUGUAAAUUGAACAUAACGUGGCAUCUCCUGUUUUGCUCAACCUUUUAUUCUCAUAUUUUUUACGUAAAUUCCUCAUAACUAGAGUUGAGCGGACACCUGGAUGUUCUGGGCUGGCAGGGUUCGGCCGAACUUUGAAAAAAAGUCCGGGUUCGGGAUCGAACUUGACCCAGAACCCAAUUGAAGCCAAUAGGGACACAAACUUUUAGCCACAAAAAUGCCUCCAAAAAAGUCCUGGAAAGGGCUAGAUGGCUGCAAAAGGAAGUAAAAUGGGGGUAAGAGUAGGACAAGUGCCCUGCAAACAAAUGUGGAUAGGGAAAUCACUUAAAAUAACAUAAAAAUGAAAAAUACAGCUGAGCCAUAAAAUAGCACUAGAUGGAAUCUUUGAUUUUAGCUUUGGAAGAACAUAAAUCAAAAUCGAAAGCAUGGCUGUCAGGAGGAUCACCAGAAUUAUCCAUUUGAGAGAGGGUUGGAGUGCAGGGUAUUUCUUUCAUUGUGCAAACUGAGCUCAACUCCUGAUGCAUGGAGAAAAGGCCUUCACAAGCUUCUGCUAUUGUGUACAUAGUUUAUACUAAGUGACCCAUAGGUUGAGGAGGUGGUGACCGUGGAGGUGUAGGUGGAAGCAGCGGUGGAGGAGGAGGAGGUAACCAACACUGUUAUUUUUUUUAAUUGGGGUAGCCCCCAAAAUAUUGGGACAUAGAAAAAAAGAAACAUUUGCGGCCUGCAGUUCAUUUCUUGCAGGCCAAAGUUACGCUGCAGCGCAGACAGGCGAGCAGCAGCAGGUUGAGAAUGCCAAAAGCACGCACAGACGGCCCGCACUUUCUGCAGCAGCUUUGAUAUAUCUGGGUAGUUUUUCAGGAAUUUCUGCACCACCAAAUUCAACACAUGCGCCAGGCAAGGGAUGUGCGUCAAACCGGCUAGGACCAGAGCUGCUACGAGAUUUCGACCAUUAUCGCACACAACCAGGCCGGGCUUGAGGCUCAGUGGCAACAACCACUCAUCGGUCUGUUGUUCCAUGCCCGUCCACAGCUCCUGCGCGGUGAGUUUGAAAACAGCCUGCUGUCGUUUCCCCCUGGCUGUGCUGAAUUGGUGGUGAAGGUGUUACACUGACCAGAUGAGGAGGUGGUGGAGGAGGAGGAAGAAGCUGAGUAGGAGAAGGAGGCAACAGGAGGCAAAGCUGUGUACCCAAAUAAAGAUUGUCAAACGUUGUAUCCUGGAACUGUGUCCCAUCCGGUUACUGUGGAAAUGGGUCUGACCUAUUCUAAUCAAAGGGGAUAACCAUCGGUUACCCAGGUCCCAUUUCAAUUGGUGGCAAGCGGCGUGAUCCCAUGUCCCUGCCAACAGACCCAUGGACUACAGUGCUCUAAAGCGACCUACACUGCAGAACUUGUGUGGAGCCAGAGGAAUAACGCCUGAUGGGCGUAACAAGGCUGAAUUGACUACUGCGCUAAUGGAGGAAGACUAGGCACGCAGUGAGGCAACAAACCACAGCCAGGGGCCGGAGAUGAGGAGGAAGUGCGCAAGGAGGUGUAACGGCGCCUGGCGUAUUACCGAGAGCCACCCUCCGAGGAGAUUGUCAGCAGGACCUUUUUGGAGGUGCAAGCCUAUGUCCUUGCCAAUAGACAGAGGGCACCUCCAUGAAUCCAGAUGAAGGGAGCAGAGGGCGUCGGGAAGCACAACCACCCUGGCCCACAAGCUACCAUACAAUGCCUUCAAAGAGUUCAAGGAAGCAGAAGAAGGCAUCGAUUACUUUUUACAAGACUUUGAGGGCCAGUGCUUACUCCAAGACGUGGACCCCAGUGACUGGGUCGCCAUUCUGGCCAGCAAACUAGUGGGGAAGGCAGCGGAUAUUUACCGGGCUGUACCAGAAGAGCAGAUCAGAGACUAUCCCUUUAUUACCCAAAUCCUCCUGGCCUGGUAUGCGGUCACCCCCGAGCAAUACCGCCGAAAGUUUAGGGAGACCCGGAAAGGGCAGAAGGACUCCCAUGCGGAGUGGGCAUGCCGCAUCACAAGGGGCCACCCAUAACUGGCUCAACUCACAUGAAGCCAAGUUCCCGGGGGAGAUUACUCAGCUUGUCAUGCUAGAGCACUUUUUCAAUGGGCUCCCCAAUGACAAGGCGACGACGCAUUCGUAUGUCAUCCAUAUCAACUUUCGAUGCCAUUUACUGCGCCUACCAUGGUGACCAUGGGUAACGGGGAAUCAGGGUUCGAUUCUGGAGAGGGAGCCUGAGAAACGGCUACUACAUGCAAGGAAGGCAGCGGGCGCGACCCACUCCAAACGCAGAAAAGUAGUGAUGACAAAUAACAAUACAGGACUCUUUAGAGGCCCUGUAAUUGUAAUGAGUCCACUUGAAAUCCUUUAACUCUGAUCAAUUGGAGGGCAAGUCUUGUGUAGAGCGACUGACCCAUGCGUGCUGCAGCUGAAACUCCACUAUCGCCUGCUGCUGCUCGCACAGUUUCUCCAGCAUGUGCAAGGUGGAGUUCCACCUUGUGGGUACGUCGCAUAGUGGAGUUUCAGCUGCAGCACGCAAGAUAAAGGAUUUUUUUAAAUUUGAUCAUUUUGCAUUGGGUUAUGAGUAGAGUUGAGCGAACCCGAACCGCAAAGUUCAGGUUCGUACCGAACAUUAUGUUUUUUCGGGUCCGGGGUCCAAAAAUCCUUUAUCAUGGGUGCUGCAGCUGAAACUCCACUAUUGCCUGCUGCUGCUCGCACAGUUUCUCCAGCAUGUGCAAGGUGGAGUUCCACCUUGUGGGCAUGUCGCAUAUAAGGCGGUGAGCGGGAAGGCCAAAGUUACGCUACAGCGCACAAAGGCGAGCAGCAGCAGGGUGACCGCACCAAAAGUGUGCACAGCCGCUACAGUGAAUGUCACAUCCUGUUCCAAGUUGCGGAUCGGUCUGGUGAUGGCUUCUGGUAUCCAGUACUCUUUUUACUGAAGUUGCAUCAGGGUCCUGGUAUGUGGCCGCACAAACGCUGGUGCUCAACACCAGGGGGCAUGCGGUUUCCCUGCACCAGACCCUGCUAAUCCACACUGUAACUCCUAACUUCAACAUCAGGCAUACUGGGUCCCGAUGGUCCGACCGCCGCCCAGUGUCUGGGUCCCGGUCACCGGAAUGCAAAACUGGAAAUGGUUCGUUAAAUCUGUUAUGGUUCUUUUUAUCGCUUCAACUGUUACUUGUAUAACUGUGUCACAGCACUAUUUGACGGUUCUAUUUGACUCUCUGGUAUGAAGAGCAUGCCCCAAAUUUACUAUUUAGCAGAUUAGCACCCAGAAAAUAAGAAUGUUUACAAUUGCACUGUAACCGCAGUAUUUGACGCUUCUAUUUGACUCUCAGAUAUGAAGUGCACCCCACUAAUGUACUUUUUAGCAGAUUAGCACCCAGAAAAUGAGAAUGUUUACAAUUGCGCAGUAUUUGACGCUUCUAUUUGACUCUCAGAUAUGAAAUGCACCCCAUUAAUGUACUAGUUUGCAGAAUUCUUUCCUAAUCUGUCCCUAACAGCUGCUGCAUCCUCUCCCUGCACUAAUAAGAGCUCAUGUGCGUGCGGCGCUACGCAACUCCAGCUUCUAUAUAGAGGCUGGGUCACAUGCUGCACUGGCCAAUCACAGCCAUGCCAUUAGUAGGCAUCGCUGUGAUGGCUUCUAAGAGCAAACAAGUCAAACGCUUGUUGAUUGGCUGCCCUGCAGCCUUUAAAAACGCGCCAUUAAAUCACUGAACACUGAACUCCAACCCGAACAUACAGUGAUAUGUCUGUGUUCGGGUCCGGGGUCCAAAAAACGUAAUGUUUGGUACGAACCUGAACUUUGCGGUUUGGGUUCGCUCAACUCUACUCAUAACCCAAUGCAAAAUGAUCAAAUUUAAAAAAUCCUUUAUCUUUAUAUAGGCUGGCAGAUGUAAGCUGAAACACAUAAUGCCUCUUAAAGAAACCUCCCCAACUCCAGAAAUACAUUCAGUAUUCAAAUGAGAUGGAAUAGUAAUAGUUUGAACACUAAAAUUGUUAGAAGAUUGCAGUAAAACAUGCUUAAUUAAAUUGUUACUCUGAGAAACCGAACCUGUUUUAGCAGACAAAUGUGAAUGUAUUAACUGUGCUGCAUUAGCCCUUUCAUUUCACUUACUAGCAUCACCAGAUGUCAGCGAUUAGAAACCUUUGUCUGUUCUAUUUGCUAACGUAAGGACGGAAUAUAAUAAUUCUCUCUUUUUUUUGUUUUUUUCCCUUUCUCCUGGAAUUACCUUGGUAUAUAUUCUUUAAAAAUGAAAGCUGAAACAAAGUGAAACUAAUUAAUCCAGAUUAUUUAGCAGUUAAAUAAUCUUACCCUUGAUAGAAACGCAGAGUGCCAUGGUCAGCUGUCAUAGCGUUAAACUUGAUGUUGCAAAGCUCUUCUUUAGCGUCUAUUAUACAUUGUUUCUCAUUUUUAUUGUCUUGUUCAAUUCUAUCUUCAUCUUGCUCCUUUAUGGACCUCUUUAGUACUGCAUUCAAUUUCCUCAAACCGCUAAAAUUUGGGUAAAACUGUUUGGACUGGCCCUCAUUUCUUUCUCAAAAGGUGCUCUCUGUCAGUUAAAGAAAUACUCCCAGCACCAUAACUACUACAGUCAUCUGUAGUGGUCAUGGUGUCAAGAGUGCCUUAAAGUAAUCCCAGGAUAAGAUAUUACACCACUUUAGUACGUUUUGACAAUUUACCUGGGUCUCACUGGGCAUCUGCGGGCUCAUCUCCUUCAUCCAAUCUUGUUCAGCAAAAGCUGAAGGUUAAGGAAGUUUUUAGUGUUUUUGCCAAUGAUGUACGGCAGGUUGCUUCCACACUGUCAUUCUCUGAAGUUCUGCCUGUGCAUAACACUCAGAACGACAGGCGGAUGCGUAUUAGGGACUUUAAUUUGUGGCUUGGUGAAUGGUGUCGGGAGCAAGGAUUUUGCUUUAUUUCUCAUGGUAGCUCUGUUUGAAAUGGAAAUAAGCUGUACAAAAAAGAUGGUUUGCAUCUUUCUCAAAAGGGAACAAAUGUUCUCAGUGAGCAGUUCAGAGGUUUUGCUAGGAUGUAUUUAAACUAGGAGGGGGGGGCAAAAGGGUGAUAAAACAUCAAUCCAAUUGUCCCCCAAAACAAGGACAGAAGGUGCCUGUAGCAAGUGUGUUAAAAAAUGAUAAGCUUAGAGUCAUGUCUACAAAUGCUCGCAGUUUAGGGAAAAAGAUCCAUGAACUUGUGGCAAUAAUGGCAACUGAUAGUGUAGAUUUAGUCGCUGUUACUGAGACAUGGUAUAAUGAGAAAAAUGACUGGGACAUAGCAAUACCAGGGUACUCUUUAUAUAGAAAAGAUAGGGAAGGCAAGAAAGGGGGAGAGGUGGCCCUGUAUGUGAAGGAUAGCAUAAAAUCUAGCCUAAUAAAAGUUAGUGAGGCAAACAUAGAGUCCAUUUGGGUUACGUUAGAAUUUGGUAAUCACACAGUAACUCGUGUAGGUGUGAUUUAUAGGCCCCCAGGACAAAUUGAAGAGUUAGAUAAUCUACUAGUUGAGGAAAUAGCUAAAAUGACAAUGAAGGGGGAAGUUAUCAUCAUGGGUGACUUUAAUAUUCCUGAUGUAAAUUGGAAAACAAAAUUAGUUACUUGUGCCAGGAGCACACAUAUUCUAAGCCAACUCGCAAAGAAGCCAUACUAGAUUUAGUGUUAACAAAUGGAGAUUUGGUAUCAGAUAUUACUGUAGGCGAAAGUUUAGGAUCCAGUGAUCAUCAGUCAGUGUGGUUUAAUAUAAGAACAGUGACCGAGUCACACCACACAAAAACAAAAGUUUUAGACUUUAGAAAAACAGACUUUUCUAAAAUUAGAAUAUGUGUAGAGGAGUCAUUAUCAGACUGGAGUAAUUUAAAUGGAGUCCAAGAGAAAUGGGAUAAUUUAAAAGCUGCACUAUUGAAGCCAACAGAAAAUUGCAUUAGGCUUGUCAGUAAAAGCAAAAAAUUCAAGAAACCACUGUGCUACUCCGCAGAUGUGGCCAGAAUAGUUAAAAACAAAAAGUUAGCAUUUAGGAAUUAUAAAAAAAAAACCAGAGUGAGGAAGACAAAAUGAUCUAUAAGAUUAGGCAGAAAGAGGCUAAGCAAGUUAUAAGAACUUCCAAAUCACACACAGAAGAGAAAAUAGCACUGUCAAUAAAAAAGGGGGACAAAACAUUUUUUAGAUAUAUAAAUGAGAAAAGAAAAUUAAAACAAGGAUUAGUUAGAUUAAAAACAAAAGAAGGAAGGUAUGUAGAAGAGGAUAAAGGUCUAGCUGACUGCCUCAAUGAAUAUUUUUGUUCUGUAUUUACAGAUGAAAAUGAAGGAAAGGGACCUCAGUUAAGAAAAAGGAUAAAUGAGUAAUUUAUUACACGUGAGUUUACAGAGGAAGAGGUUCUAUUUCAACUGUCAAAAGUAAAGACAAAUAAGUCAAUGGGACCUGAUGGAAUAGCAAAAGUGCACAUAGUAAAUACAAUGACUGUGUCAAAAGAGAUCUUUUCAUUCAAGCCUCUUGGCCACACUGUGUCUAAUGUCCUUAUCCAAAAGGUUUCCCGUUGGAGGAGGGCUUUUUUACGGUCAUCUCCCUGUAGUGGGGGCAGGAUGCGAUCAAUGGCUGUAAAUUUAAGAGAAGGCAAGGGAUGUCCCAUUGCCAAAAAGUGCUUAGUCACUGGGAGGUCAGCUUAGUUGUCCCUAUAAGCGACGAUAAUGUUCGACCGGUGAUUCCUAAUGCUUCCUCGUAAGGGAAGAUCCGUCUUCCCAAUAUACGAUAGUUCAUGGGGCACUAAAGUUUAUAAAUCACAAAAUCGGUUUGAACAAGCUGGGGGACUAGCAACUCAAGCUCAAUCCCUCCAGUAUACUGAUGAGGACGCAACCAGGAUAAGAUGGGACACCACCACUAUUGACUUACCCAACAUUACAUCCAUGACAGACGUCUAUCAUGAAUUAUUACGUCUAAAAAAAAAAGGGAAACUGAUUUAGAUCUGCAUGGACUGUUUUUGUCAGAUUAUCAUCGCAAGUUACAAAUCCCACGUGGUUUUCGGGUGAGAAAUAUACCUACCAUUGGUCGCCAGAAACCUAAGGUUUGCAAGAAGUGGAUAGCAGUCCUUAACAAGUGUUCCCUGGAUUUAAUGCUGGUUAUCAUCGAGGACGUUAAAGAGGAUUUGACAGCAGUCAGGAAACGUAUAGCAGAGCUUGAAACAAAACAAGCUUUACUUCUUUCAGCCAUAGAAGCAGUACCCACUAUUUUGAAAUUGGAACAAAAACUAAAAGUGUAUAAAACUGAUCUUAUCUGCUUUAAAUGUGACAAACAAGCUAAAGUAGAGGGUGACUACAAAGAACAUCGAGUCUAUAAGUGGCUUGCAGGUCAGAGUGAGAGACAGUUUCCAUACAGACGUAGGAAACCCACCAGGAAACCUAGGCAGUUUACUAUUGAUCAGACCUCAGGUAACUCAUCUUCAUCACCAGUCAAGACCCAGAGCACCUGAACAUACGGACUCUGCCUCUUUUUUAGAACUAGACCCAGGGACAUCAUCUCGGAUACAUUCGAGGCCGACUUCACGACUAGAAGCCAAAGGCAUUACACCAGGCGUGGGCAGAAAGGGAGACCCCGUGGGGACAAGGUACAAACCUCCCCGUCCACCCAAAUGAUUCCUAUCUUUAAUUUGUCAUCGAGGACCCUGAGUCAGGAAGAGCAACAUCUCCUCAUGAAAGGAGCAUCCUUUGUCCCUACCAACCUUCCUAAUUCAUUUAACUAUGAGGUUGAGUUGUAUAAGUUUGGGAGGAACUUCCACCUCAAAGAAUUUUUUAAAGGGUCCCCCACUACAGUGACACAGCCCAGCCAACAGUUUAAAGUCAAAAGCACAUUUGACCCUAUGAAUUCCCAUGCUUCUAUCAAAACCUUUUUGAGGAAUGUUCAAUUUGAGAUGAACAAACUAACUAAUGCUAAACAGAGUCACCAGUCUAACAUUACUAAAAAGGAGAGGGAAAUCAUUCGGCUUUUGGCCAAUGACGAGACUAUAGUCAUUAGACCUGCUGACAAGGGAGGGGAUAUAGUAAUUCUUGAUUACUCUUACUAUAGAAGAGAACUGCUGUCUCAGCUGGAAGAAUCCCACACGUAGGACCGAUUACCUUCUGAUCCUACUGCAGUGAUUACACAUCUACUAUCUACUAUCCUGCAACAGGGAUUGGAGGCGGGCUAUAUCAAUGAGGAUCUUUUUAAAUUUCUGAUUCAACAAACACCAAGAACCCCGAUUAUCUAUACUCUUCCUAAAGUGCACAAAAAUCUCAUUCACCCCCCCGGGAGACCUAUCGUGUCAGCUAUAGGUGGUGUAAUAGAACCCAUUGCCAAGUGGUUAGACUUUUUAUUUAAAGAGUCUAUUGUGAACAUCCCCACCUGUCUCAAAGACACAGCGGAUUUGUUCAACCAGCUUGAUUGCAUUACCCUUCCAGAGGCCCAAGUCAUCUUGGCAACAUGUGACGUCAAGGCUGGCGUCAUGGCCAUGCGAACCACCCUAAGCAAUUCCACGGUAUAUCAUGGCCCGCCUAUCGAGUUUGUCCAUGAGUUACUUAAAUUGGUACUCACACUCAAUUAUUUCCGUUUUGAACACUCUGGGUUUCAACAGAUCUCAGGCACCUCGAUGGGUGCUGCGAUGGCACCGAACUAUGCCAAUAGCUAUAUGUUUCAGUUUGAACAAGAACAUAUUUUGAAACCCUACUCUGAUAAUAUUCUUCUCUACAGACGCUUCAUUGAUGAUUUGUUCUUCAUCUGGAAGGGGGAUAUCAACUCCAUCACUACAGCGAUAAAUCAACGAGAUGGAAACACCAGUUAAGCUCACUCUUGUUGCAAGCUCUGAUGGGGUUGAUUUCCUAGAUGUGCAUGUACAGACAGGAGCAGCAUCUGUCUUACAGUUUUUACACUAAGCCGUCCUAUCGUAACACCUUGCUGCACGCAGAGAGCUUUCAUCCUAGGCAUCUCAAAUCCUCACUUCCCUACUCCCAGUUCCUGUGGGUACUCAGGAACAACUCUGAUUCUCUGAACGCUCAGACACAGAUAAAAGACAUGUGGAAUAAAUUCAAGGAAAGAGGCUACAAUGAAGUUACACUGCAGAAAGCAUGGGAGAGAUGUCAGUCUGAUAGUGUUAAGGAUACACGCAACUUGCACGCAACCAACUGAUUUUCACCAACCACCCAUGAUGUGCUAUAGGAGAGGUAGAUCUUCUUGUGAAGACUGACCCCAGACACUACUAUACUACUAAACAAUAGACUGCGAACCUGGGCUGCUAUCGGUGUCUGGGUUGUGUUAUGUGUGGCCACAUGAUCCCGGGCAAGAUCUUUCUGCACCCCCACAUGGGCAAGAAAUACACUAUACACCAUCAGUUGACAUGUACAACCGAUUUUUGUGAUUUAUAAACUUCAGUGCCCCUGUGGACUAUCGAAUAUUGGGAAGACGGAUCUUCCCUUACGAGAAAGAAUUGGGAAUCACCGGUCGAACAUAAGAGUUGCUUAUAGGGACAACAAAGCUGACCUCCCAGUGGCUAAGCACUUUUUGGCAAUGGGACAUCCUUUGCCUUCUCUUAAAUUUACAGCCAUUGAUCACAUCCCGCCCCCACUACGGGGAGGUGACCGUAAAAAAGCCCUCCUCCAACAGGAAACCUUUUGGAUAAGGACAUUAGACACAGUGUGGCCAAGAGGCUUGAAUGAAAAGAUCUCUUUUUCUAUGUUUCUUUAAUAUGUUACUUUUCAGUUUUUUGAAGAUUUGAUCUAGGUGUUAAUCCCCUUAAAUUGUCUAUUGUGGUCCAACGGCUAUUUUGAACCAUAUGUAUUCGAUGAUAUUUCUCAUUGUCUUUUCAUGAAUGUACUUUAGUCUCACUCAGUUAUUUUUUAUUUAUUUCUUUAAUUUUUUUGCUCUAGGUAUCUUGUUUUCUUCAGAUGGUAAGGACUACUUUUGACACCGCCAUUAUAUUUACUAUGUGUACUUUUGCUUUUGCUUUCCAUCUAUUGCUGUCCCUUCUCUGCCAAUAGGGAUUUUGCUAUCAUGUAUUAUAUCUCUGUUCUGCUAGACUUCUUGUGAUGUGGGUAUAGCUUGUAGUAUGGAUACAAUGUGCUACAUUUCUAAUUGAAAUAUCUGUGUCUCUUAUGACAUCCCCAUUUGUUUUGUUAAAAUUAUGAAUUACACUCCUCACUUUGUUUUUAUCCUUCUCAUACCCUCAUUGUGUGUUUGGAGUCCGUGCAUACAGAGUUUGGACUUGACAUUUUGCCUCUCUAUUUGCAGGCAAAUAGGGUGUAUAUCGGCAAGUAUAUAAAAAGUAAUUUUUCCCAAAACCUUAGCAAUGUUGAGCUCCAGUUUGUAUUGAGCCAUAUUCAAGGGGUUAAUUUUAUGUUGUAACAGGAAAUAGCCACAAUGCUUGGCUUGCCUUUUCUUUAUAUGUUAGUACAUCCCUCUGGAUGUGUAUUUCAUUUUUUUCCCCCCUGUGCAGUGUGCUGUGUUUAUGUGCUUUCAGUCUAUAUUUACACGUGCUUGACAGUAUGACAUGAAUUUUCGGCUGCUGAUCUUGUGUGCGUUCCAGAUGUUGCUUAGCAACAGUUUGGAACGCUGUGUCUAAUUACUCUGGGUGCCUCUGUCUGCUCGGCACUCCCACUUGCAGGCUGAACGCGGCUGCUGGACUCCACACACGAGGCUGGUGUUUUAUUAUGUAUAUAUGAGCUUGAAUCAUGUUGUCUGUGUUUUUACCAUCCUGAUGAAAGCCCUGAAACGUUGAUUUGAUUUAUUUUGAACAUUAAAAGUUAAGUUUUAGUGAUAUUUACGGCCAUUCUCUGUUUUUCUAUUAUAUCUAUAUAAUAUGUAUAUAUAUCUUAUAUAUAUAUAAUAUACGAAGUUAAUUUUUGUAUUAAUAUACAAAUAUACAUAAAUAUAUAGAAAUAUAUUAUUAUAUCUAAACUCAGGACAAAAUUUAGAAACUAUUUAGCAUGGGUGUAUUUUGGUGGUUGGAGAUGCGCAUCAGAUUUUGGAGGUCAAAGUUAGAAAAAGUGUGUUUUUAAAAAAAUAUUUCAUCAUAUUUUAUAAAAAAAUUUUAUAGUAAAUUAUAUCAUAUGAAAUUAAUGGUACCUUUAGAAACUGCAUAUAAAAUGUGUAAAUGAGUAAGAGGAAAAUUACAGCCUAAACACAAACACAGCAGAAAUGUAAAAACAGCCCUGGUCCUUAACAGUAAGAAAAUUGAAAAACGGUCUGGUCACUAAGGGGUUAAAAAGAUGCUAGUACUUUGCAUGCUCUGCUUUCACACUGCAUGCACAAGAAUCAGUCAGAAUGUUAACAUAAAAAAGAGUGCACCAAUCAGAACCCUCUCAUUCUGGCCUUCUGGAUUUUUUCAUAUCCCAUAACUGAGUCUUCAUGUAUUAGCUAUGUACAGAUAGCUCUUUUGAAACACUGUUAUAUGAAGACAACAUUGCAUGCAUGGUCGGACUACUUUUCACGAGGAUACAACAUAGGAUGUCUUUAUUAUUGCAAUAAAACUUUAUCUUUAGGACAGACUGAGGCUCACAUGACAAGCAAGCUUUCCUAAAUAAGUUUAUUUUCCUUUGCUGUCUGUAGUUUGGCUGACACCCUUUAUUAUGUUGCUAUAGAUAAUUGCCAAGAAUAGGAAAUUACAGUAAGUAUUAAACCAGUUUGUUGCUGUUUCUGUCUGUUCUGUAAUCAUGUCUGGUUUUACUGUCUGUGUUAGCUGCAGUUUGUCUCUGUAUUCUUUUACAGUUUGACUCUGCAUUCUUUUGCUCGGUGACUAUGGGAUUCUCUGUGUGUCUUAAUGAUGUCACAAUGUUCUUAGAGCCACCAUUCUUAGUCUGUGCAGUCAACUGCAUCUAGAUGUAGGCACACCGAAAGCAUGAGGUUGGACCUGUUUUUUCGCAUUAUGAAUGCUUUCUUCUUCGUAUCUGGAAGUCAUGGAAGUAAGUGUAUUUGGGAAACAGAGUGCUUUAAUUUUCGCUUUAUUAUCACAAGAUCAAAAUCUUUUGGUUUUUUUCAGGUUUUCUGACCUAACGUUUUGUAAGCAAGGCUUGUACACAGUAAUUCAACACUGGUAAAAGCAUUUCCAAAGUUCAAUAAAUUGUCUGUCUAUCUGUCUGUCUAUCUAUUUUUAGUUGCGUGUUCUGUCGCCAACAUUCUCAGCAUAUUGCCGACAGAUGACCAGUAUGCAAAGAUUUAACAUUAGCUAGCAUAGAACUAUUGUUCUGGCUGUUUAAUGGCACUGACAAAGGUGGAGUUAUACCUCCAGCAGCAAGUGGCUUUACCUUUGAAUGUGCAUGAGACCUGAGGUUGGUUCAAACUGCAUUUAAUUCGGAUUUGACUGAAUGGGUGUUGAUUUGAAUGGAAAGUCUUUGCCAUACGAUCCAUGAUUCUGAAGGUUCGGUGUAAGACCCGCUUAGGGGGAUCCGCCUUGAUGUUGGCAGGCGAGCAUUCCCUCCAGUGGCCAUUGGAGUAACUAAAUGACCUCCAUUUGUUUAAAUAUACAUAGGGAUUAAGGAGAGAAAGCAGGUACAAAAAAAAUUUCCUUUGGUUUUUACUAUAUAUAUAUAUAUAUAUAUUGGGGCUCAUAGGAGUGAGCGCAGGACUUAUCUUUUUGUAUUUAUAUUCACUUUUUGUAUCACACAGCUUUGUUACAAAGCUGCCGCCCAGAUUUUAUUCUGUUCCUGGGAUCUGAGCACUGUUCGUAUAUAUUGAGCGCUCCGAUCCAAGUUAUCUGGGGAUAGGUUGAAUAUGGGGGUCCUGUUCAGUGUAAUGGAAAUUAUGUAUUUUUGUGUAUUUCUAUGGAGAUAUUUUCUGUACCUGGAAAUAAUUGGCUAACCACACCCAGUUAAGCCAAUUAUCUCCAAGAUAGAGGAGAAGAUAGACCGGCUGCACAGCCUAACUCUGUGGAACUGGUUUGGGGCAGGAAAGCCAUGCUCGCAGUUGGUCAUAAAGGACUUUCAUCUAACUUUUGAACCACUAGAUCAAUUUUUAUGAAUUUGACAUAUGUUUGUAUACUGUGUAUGCUGAUUCAUAAUAUGUAUGUGAAUGUGAUGUAUACUUUUAAAGUUAUGAAUAUUGUGUAAAACUGUGUAUUUUCCUGCCUGUGAUAUUUACAUUAGCCCAUUGUGUACAGUAAUUCUAUCACAGGCAGAGGGGAGGAUUUUGCUGGAAUGAAUGGGAGUGUUUGACUGUAUUGUAAUGUUUUGAUUGGUUGUUCCACAAGACCACAUGGGUAGUAACUUUGAGGGAAAAUUUGCAUAUAAGUGCCAAUAAACCCUCAGACUGCUGAGUUCCUGUUUUACCCUCAACAUAGAGCCUCGUCUCAUGUGUGGGGGAAAAGGCUGCAUUUACACUGGGGAUUGCUAUACACUGUGUACUCCCUUGGCUAUAAUCACUAAGCUCUUUUAAGAGCUUGUUCCAGCUUCGCUCUCUGCAGGAAGAGAGGUUCGGUCUGCAGUGCUGAUGGUGUCAAGUGGAGUGCUUGGAGUCCUCAGGAAGCACUAGGAGCAUCCAUCAACGGAGGUACUUGGUUGGAGUACUUGGAGCUCCGUUACACCAUGUGUUCCCUAUUAAGGUUAAUAAGUAUAGAGGGGGGAAUAUAAAAAAUAUCCCUCUCUGUCUCAGUGGAGAUAUAUUUGCCAGAAGCUCAAGGAAGCAAGGUGAAGGGUCAGUGUAGGACCCGCUUAAGGGGGUCUGCCUUGACGUUGGCAGGCGGGCAUUCCCUCCAGUGGCCACUGGAGUAAGUAAAUGACCUCCAUUUGUUUAAAUAUACAUAGGGAUUAAGGAGAGAGCGCAGGUAACUUUUUUUUCCUUUGGUUUUUACUAUACUUAUUGGGGCUGAUGUGUACUGUGGUCGUUGCUGCCACCAAGGAGUGAUGGGAAUGAGCGCAGGACUUAUCUUUUUGUAUCUGAAAGAAUUAAUGCCAACUACUUUCAUUGUAUUGUAGCCUGUGGAAAACGACCUCUGGCUGCGGACUAUGGUGGCUCUCGGGUAGUUGGGGGUAAGGACGCACAACCUGGAAACUGGCCAUGGACGGUCAGUAUCCAGGAACCUGAUGAAGAUGGUUACAAUCACUUAUGUGGAGGCGUUCUUCUGAAUGACAUAUGGGUUAUGACAGCUGCUCAUUGCUUCAAAGAUCGGGGCAGGUAAUUUCAACAUUUGGAGUUUUGUGCUGAAUAGUGUAAACAUACACACAGAUCAUUUUAGAAGGAUAUUGCAAAGUAUAAUUAUCUGUAUGAAUUUCAGAUAAUACCCGAGUUACACUUUGAGAUUGUUAACCCUCUACAUUCUGUAUGGCUAAUGCAUCCUAUGUGUCCAAAGACUUUCUACUCGGUAUGAAUAGUUAAAAGACAGAUUUUGAUGGAGAAAUUUGAAAUACACUAGUCUGAUAUGAUAACUAAAUUAGUUGGACAAGGAGGAUUAUGUUUCCCUUACAAUACACAUAUCUUGCAUGCCUCCUCAAGUGAAUAACUCCCUAGCCUCCCUUUUUAUGAGGAUUUUUGGUUUUAAAUCCCUCAGUCCUUCUUUUUUAUUCUAAUGUUCCUAUUAUAUAGGAGUAUAAAAUGUUGGUGUGUAUUGAUGUGUAAGAGAUUUACAUCAGUAAAUCAUUAAUACUCACUUAUGUGAUUAAACUACUAUAAAUGUAUUUAGAAAUUAAUCAGUGGAAAUGCAAUAUUUUAGAUUUUGUUAUAAAUUAAAUUUAUACAUUAGUAUGUCACGUGGGUCACCUCAAAUGCCCAUGAAUAGCCCCUCCUAUUAUUCAAAGCUCCUGCUGCACUCCAUUAUUAAAAGCUCCAGCUGCACUCCCUAAAAUUACAGGGAGUGCAGAAUUAUUAGGCAAAUGAGUAUUUUGACCACAUCAUCCUCUUUAUGCAUGUUGUCUUACUCCAAGCUGUAUAGGCUCGAAAGCCUACUACCAAUUAGGCAUAUUAGGUGAUGUGCAUCUCUGUAAUGAGAAGGGGUGUGGUCUAAUGACAUCAACACCCUAUAUCAGGUGUGCAUAAUUAUUAGGCAACUUCCUUUCCUUUGGCAAAAUGGGUCAAAAGAAGGACUUGACAGGCUCAGAAAAGUCAAAAAUAGUAAGAUAUCUUGCAGAGGGAUGCAGCACUUUUAAAAUUGCAAAGCUUCUGAAGCGUGAUCAUCGAACAAUCAAGCGUUUCAUUCAAAAUAGUCAACAGGGUCACAAGAAGCGUGUGGAAAAACCAAGGCGCAAAAUAACUGCCCAUGAACUGAGAAAAGUCAAGCGUGCAGCUGCCACAAUGCCACUUGCCACCAGUUUGGCCAUAUUUCAGAGCUGUAACAUCACUGGAGUGCCCAAAAGCACAAGGUGUGCAAUACUGAGAGACAUGGCCAAGGUAAGAAAGGCUGAAAGACGACCACCACCGAACAAGACACACAAGCUGAAACGUCAAGACUGGGCCAAGAAAUAUCUCAAGACUGAUUUUUCUAAGGUUUUAUGGACUGAUGAAAUGAGAGUGAGUCUUGAUGGGCCAGAUGGAUGGGCCCGUGGCUGGAUUGGUAAAGGGCAGAGAGCUCCAGUCCGACUCAGACGCCAGCAAGGUGGAGGUGGAGUACUGGUUUGGGCUGGUAUCAAAGAUGAGCUUGUGGGGCCUUUUCGGGUUGAGGAUGGAGUCAAGCUCAACUCCCAGUCCUACUGCCAGUUCCUGGAAGACACCUUCUUCAAGCAGUGGUACAGGAAGAAGUCUGCAUCCUUCAAGAAAACAUGAUUUUCAUGCAGGACAAUGCUCCAUCACACGCGUCCAAGUACUCCACAGCGUGGCUGGCAAGAAAGGGUAUAAAAGAAGAAAAUCUAAUGACAUGGCCUCCUUGUUCACCUGAUCUGAACCCCGUUGAGAACCUGUGGCCCAUCAUCAAAUGUGAGAUUUACAAGGAGGGGAAACAGUACACCUCUCUGAACAGUGUCUGGGAGGCUGUGGUUGCUGCUGCACGCAAUGUUGAUGGUGAACAGAUCAAAACACUGACAGAAUCCAUGGAUGGCAGGCUUUUUGAGUGUCCUUGCAAAGAAAGGUGGCUAUAUUGGUCACUGAUUUGUUUUUGUUUUGUUUUUGAAUGUCAGAAAUGUAUAUUUGUGAAUGUUGAGAUGUUAUAUUGGUUUCACUGGUAAUAAUAAAUAAUUGAAAUGGGUAUAUAUUUGUUUUUUGUUAAGUUGCCUAAUAAUUAUGCACAGUAAUAGUCACCUGCACACACAGAUAUCCCCCUAACAUAGCUAAAACUAAAAACAAACUAAAACUACUUCCAAAAAUAUUCAGCUUUGAUAUUAAUGAGUUUUUUGGGUUCAUUGAGAACAUGGUUGUUGUUCAAUAAUAAAAUUAAUCCUCAAAAAUACAACUUGCCUAAUAAUUCUGCACUCCCUGUAAAGUAUACCUCAUUAUCCAUUUUCCCUAUUUUGUUUUACAUGCAAAGCUCUUAACAAGAUAAUAUUUUAUAAUAAUUCUAAGAUGCAUUCGGAAAGACUCUCAAACAUUCAACACAAAUGUCAUUUUCCAAAUGCAAAUGUAUUUUUUGGUACGUUCUAUAUAUAUAUAUAUAUAUAUAUAUAUUUAUAAUUUCACAUUCUUUAUAUGUAGAAUAAAGAAAUGUAAAACGUGAUGCCUUUUGCAUACAUAACGGUACAACAUCUGUUGCUUAUGCUUCUUUUAUGUCUUUGUUUAUUCCUAAUUUGUUGUUCAUUUGCACCAUAUGUCUAAUACUGCAUACUUUGGUUUAUUCAGUGACUUCUUCUCUUGGAGACUUGUGCUUGGUGCAACACAGCUUUCCAAGUUAGGACCCGAAGUUCAGAUCCGUGGAAUAAAAGAAAAGAUUGUGCAUGAACAAUAUUACAAGGAAACUCAGAAAAACGAUAUUGCGCUAUUAAUGCUCAACGAGAGCGUUGAGUUUGAUGAUUACAUUCAGCCGGCAUGUCUUCCUGCAAAAACUGCUAACCUCUACCAAAUGACCGAAUGCUAUAUUGCAGGUUGGGGUGUCACCGAAGAAGAAUGUAAGCCUCAAUUCUUUCUUGUUUUAGUUAUUUAUUUUGCACAUACAUAUCUGUGAUGAAUUUGAAUGUCCCUAGAUCACUGGGACAGCCUGAUUCAAUUAUAUUUGAUCUGGUCUACUUCCAAUGACAUAGUAAUCCAGAUGUUUCAUUAUCUAACGCACCAUUCUGCAUGAAAUGCAGCUUAAUUGUAUGCUUUGUAAUUAAUGUUAUUUUUUUCCAAUAACUAUAUUAUGAGAGAGGACCUAAGAAAGCAGAAAUAGCAUGAUUAUUAUUAUCAUGCUUUAUUUGUACAUUAGUACAAUUGGUACAAGUAAAAAGACAAAUGUACAAUUCAUCUGAGACAAUACAAAAUUUGACAAAUAUAGGAGGAGUUGAAAAUUUAAUUCUGCUGUGAAUGGGAAUCCAGUGAAGGGACUCACAGAGAGGUGCAGGAGAUUCGGAAUGGUGGGUAAAGUGGAUUAGCCUGGCAGAGGCAUUGAGGAUGGUCUGAAGGGGGAGAGGUGGGAGAGAUGAAGGCCAGUUAGUUAACUUGGACGCCACCAAAAUAUUUGUUUCAACCGAAUACUUUCAGAUGAAAAAUUAUUUAAUUGGCCUGAAAGUAAUGUCAGCCAUUAAUUCAUUUUUGUUUGAAAUUGUUCUAUUAUUUUUGUUCCGGGAACUCACUUUAGACAAAUGGUGUGAUGGUCUGCCAAAGUAUCACUGUCACGGAUACCCCUUUUCCAAGAGAAACAGCAAAUAAUUUCCACAGGCAAAAUAUCACUGGCAAAGAAUAACCCCCCACACAUGAGCUGAGGCUUAAUGCUGGGUGAAGACUGAUUUUAAUGGUAGUACAGGCAUCAAAUUUAUACAGUGCAUAAACUCCUCCUCUGUGACUGAGAGAUAAUUGAGUCAGUAAAUAUACUAAACUCAAUUAUCUUCAAGUACAGAAAAAUGCACAAUUUUGCAACACCUCAAAAGUAUCCCCAAAAUACAGGGAAAUCCCACAAAAGUCAUGUCCCUGGAUAGCCUGGACGAACAAUAUAUCCAAACAUCACCCAGAUCCGUUUGGUAGUUUUGAAUCGCCAUCGCAAGGAAUUUCUGACCAGUCUGCUACGAGGAGUAAUCCCAAAAUAGUUCCAUAGAAGUGGUGUCAAGAGCUGGUCUCCAUUCGUGGGGUUUUGUACGGAAACCACAUAAGAUUGAGGAAAACUGGUUCAUGUAGAGUGCUUCCCAUGUUCGUCAGUCUGUAACUCCCGAACGCCGUUCGUAUAGGUGAACUUGAACUGGAAUGGGAGUUCGUGGGAGUGCCUGGCCAAAAUUUGUUCCAGGCACUCGAUGACCAAGUCCCAGUGCCAGCGUUCAGGACACAAGAUGGCCGCCAUCCAUUGUUUCAGCCACACGCGUUCGUAUGUACGAAAUGGUGGCCACCCAGUGAAGCAUUCUAUUAAUGAUUUCCUUUGCAGUUUUUGUACAGAUACAUAACGUUCCAUGUUCUAAUUGGUUUCCGGGUUGGUCUCGGUUCGGGAACUGAACAAAAUAAACAAAAGGAUUUAAAAGUGAUGGGGAUAUUCCUUCACAAAUGGAAUUUCACAAACCGAAUUGAACAGUCAAUCACUGUCACAACGAAAAAUCUCUCUAUUCUUCUUGUAUACUAUCUAUCUAUCUGUGUUCAGGGCAUAAAAAGCCGUAAUGACAGUAUAUAACUUAUAUACCUUAUAUACUCGAGUAUAAGCCGACCCGAAUAUAAGUUGAGGCCCCUAAUUUUACCACAAAAAACUGGGAAAACUUAUUGACUCGAGUAUAAGCCUAGGGUGGGAAACGCAGCAGCUACUGGUAAAUUUCUAAAUAAAAUUAGAUCCCAAUAAAAUUACAUUAAUUGAAUAUUUAUUUACAGUGUUUGUAUAGAAUGAAUGCAGAGUGUGUGUUUGUGUGUGUAUAUAAUGAAUGCAGUGUGUGGUUGUGUGUGUAUAUAAUGAAUGCAGAGUGUGUGUUUGUGUGUUGUGUGUGUGUAUAUAAUGAAUGCAGAGUGUGUGUUGUGUGUGUGUAUAUAAUGAAUGCAGAAUGUGUGUUGGUGUGUGUAUAUAAUGAAUGCAGAGUGUGUGUUUGUGUGUGUAUAUAUAGUGAAUGCAGUGUGUGUGUUUGUGUGUUGUUUGUGUGUAUAUAAUGAAUGCAGUGUGUAUAUAAUGCAGUGUGUGUGUUUGUGCAGUGUGUGUAAACUGGGUGAGGGGAGGGCAUUUUUAUUUUAAUUUUUUUACUUUAAUAUUAUAUUAUUUUAAUAAUAUUAUUUUAUUAUUAUAUUAUUAUUUUAAUAUUAUAUUAUUUUAAUAAUAUUAUUAUUAUUUUAAAAUUUGCAUUUUUUUUUAAAAUGGUUUUUUGAACCCCCUCCCUGCUUGUUGCCUGGUCAUUUAAAAAAAAUAAUGCAAAUAUUAAAAUAAUAAUAAUAUAAUAAUAUAAUAUUAUUAAAAUAAUGCAAAUAUUAAAAUAAUAAUAAUAUAAUAAUAAAAUAUUAUUAAAAUAAUAUAAUAUUAAAAUAAUAUAAUAAUAUUAUAAUAAUAAUAAUAUUAUUUUUUAUUAUUAUAUUAUUAUUAUUUUAAUAUAUUAUUUUAAUAAUAUAAUUUUAUUAUUAUAUUAUUAUUUUUAUAUUUGCAUUAUUUUUUUUAUUUUUUUUUUGUCCCCCCUCCCUAACCAGGCAACAAGCAAAAUAAUAAUAAUAUAAUAAUUAUAUUAUUUUAAUAAAUCCCUGGUGGUCCAGUGGCAUUGGUUGUUCAGUGGGGGGGCUGACAGCGAGGUGUUACUUACCUUCCUGCAGCUCCUGUCAGCUCCCUUCUCCUCCGUGCAGCUCCUCUGUCAGCUCCGUUCUGCUCACAGUGUAAGUCUCGCGAGACCCGCACUGUAAGCAGAACGGAGCUGACCGGGAUGCUGCACGGAGGAGAAGGGAGCUGACAGGAGCUGGAGGAAGGUAAGUAACACCUCGCUGUCAGCCCCCAACAGGACCGCCAAUAAUUAUUUCAGCUUACAUUUUGCCAAUAAUAUAGCAUAUAUCACAUGUUCAUGUUACAAAAAGCUUCACUUAUUUCCUGAAUUGGUCGGGGUAUAUAUCUGGUAUAUGCUGAUGAAUUCCACCGUCCCAAUGUCUUCAUUAUAUGUAUGUAUGUUUCUGCUGGAAGCAGUGGUGGCUGCUCCAAUGCGGAAGGAGUGUCCUGAGUAGUGUGAUGGAUUAAGGCCUAACCUUGCCAAUAAUACCUAAUAUAGAGCAUGAAUUUACUAGUGGUGAGAGCAUUGCCAUGUAAGGUAAACAAAGGUUGGUCAGGGGAACCAGGAACAAUGGUUAGGAAUUUAUCUAGUGCCUGUACCGGGCGCCAUUUGUUACCGGUAGGGCAAUAGGGGAUUUUUACCAGUUGAUUUUUUUGGUGUGGUUUUAGUGUGGUUGAGGGAUAGCAUCUAGUGAUCUUGUAUUUUUUUCAAAAUGAGUAAACAGACGAGUAAAAAAAAACAAAAAACAUGCCACUUAACACCAUGUAGAUGCUACAAAGAAGGAUGGAUUGGGAGGAGCUUGAAGGCGUUAAUGAUGUCAGUCUUACUGAGCCAUGCCCCCUUCCCUGCAGUCAGAAUUGCAUCAAUGGCAUUAUCAAUGGUGGCAUUCUGAAGGAAGAAUUCCUAUAAAGGAAUGAGAGAGUUCAGACUGGGAGUCGUGGAAGAGUGGGGAGCUGAGAGGUCGACAAUCAACCUUUGCUUGGCUGAACUUUUACCAGAGACCACCCCUAUAGGGGUUAGUUCUCCAUACUGAGAAAGGUGGCGAACUGAACGGCCCAAGUAGGAAACCUUGAUCCAAUUCAAUCUUUAACAGUGUGUUAACUACUAUUGGAUUGGCAAGGGCGGACAACAGGUUCUUCCAUUCUACAAUGCCGAAUGGCAUGUAAAUGAUUCCCGUAUGGAACCCCUCUGUGAAUCCAGUCACCAAAAACUCCACCAAGUGUGGUGAGGGAUGGUUAUGUAAGAAGUCGUCGAAACAAGUCACAUUGAUUGAGGCCAUGUAGGGUUUGGGAAACAAUUUAUUUGGACAUAUUGUCUUGGCAUGUGCCCUAAAACAAAGAGAACACACAUGCAAUAACUGGCAAGCACUAAAUCCACAGGAAUCUGCAUUAAAGUUAUUGCAAAUCUGGGAUUUACCCAGAAAAACAAUAUUACAACCAAGCUUGUCCUUAAUCACCUUCUCAGGUUUAGUUGAGGAGGUCCGGAAAGGAAAGGUAGCACCCAGCUCCGUGGUAUUAGGACAUAGGUUCAUGGUAUGUGAGGAUGAAGAGCAAAUACCACAAGCUGGGUACCUGAGGCCCGCAAAGUGCCCGUAAAACAGCUUUGUGUCCAGCUGGCUCCAGUCAGUCUGAAAAUUGAACUGAGCCAGAGCUGCAGACGCCUUUUCGGAGAAUGAUCUGUGGUAAUCAUAAAAUUAUGUACCUCCAUACUUAUGCCCCAGGUCCACCAGCUUGUGUAAAUACAGAUCGAAUUCCUCUCUCUGCACUCGGGAUAAACCGAGCACACCACGUCCCUAUAAAUGCCAUGAUGAACUCAGGAAUUGAGAACUUCCUAUUCAACCUGGGGUCCCUAACCUUCAGUACAACAGAGACAUCACCAUAGGAAUAUGUCUUGUUCUCCAGAAUAUCUUGGGAGGCAAUCAGCAGCGAAACUAGAUUGACAUCCUUGCCUUCCAAGAUAUUCUUCUUAAUAUCGGCUGGCACCAUGUGAGCUGGGUUGAUAAUAUUAGGGUUCUGUAGUGGACCAAUGCAUUUACCAGUCAGGGUGCCUGAGAGACCCGUAGAUUUUGGAGUAACGAAUCCAGGUGGUGGCACUGGCCUAUCACUAGCAUCCAAACUGUCCAACCUAUCCGUAAUCUGUCCUAACGAGGACAAGACCGAUGACAGGACGGCCUAGAAGUCGGAUAACUGGGCACCACUGGGGCCCUCGCUAGCCCCAGUGUUAUUUGUGAUGGUGUUGAGCAGUGUAUAAAGUUCUGCCUUCCUGACAGGGGCAGGGUAGGGAAUACUCCUACGCCUUAAUUCGGCCAUGAUCCUAAGUAUGGUCCAAAACCUGAGGGAAGACAGGCUGGCGUUGUCUCCUCCAGGAGAUGGAGAGAUGGACCUUGCAGGAGUGCUGGGAAUUGACAAAUCCUCAAUAGCUUCUGGUAGUUCAGACAUGCUAGGAUAGGACAAAAAAUUAAUGAGUAGCCAAAGUGAUAAUAUUGUACUGGCUAACUUACCUAAUGCCAAGUGACAAAGAAACUAUCUAAUAAUGGAGAUGGGAGCCCUACUAAUUGCCAAGUGGCAUGAGAGGCUCUAGCUGUGUGUUGGCCCGAGGGGAUUUUGUGGCCACUGAAAAUGUGGCGGGGUGUCUGCCUCUCGGUGACCAGUAAAUCAAAAGAUAGCAUGGGAGUGACAGGAGGAGGCUCUCUCUAUACCACCAUGUGAGGCGACUAACUAUGAGGUGGCCAUUGGGUGUGAGUACCUCAGAGUAUGAGGAUGGGUGUUGGCCUCGCAGGACCACUGAGACAAGGCAAGAAUGCCAGAAAAACUAAGCGGACUUUGAAACUCAUCAGCCAGUAGACAAAGUAUUACUCUAGUACCAGUUGCAGGAUGGGGAGGGGGGGAAGGUGUAACGACCACUGGAUUCACAUACCUGUCGUAUCAGAUGGAUAUCGAGUAAAACAGAGUAGAUGAAACCCAAGCAAUACCUAUGAGUAUAAUAGCAAUGUUGUAGUACCCAUAUCGUGACUGUUAAAUAGCAGAAAAAUCUAAAUAAUAUGGGAUACCUACCAGCCAAUAGACUAGGUCUAAAAUGAACCAGCAAAGCGUAAGUGGUAGUAUAACCAGUAGUGCCUAGUACCGAUGUGAAAUUGUAGAAAUCGAAAGAGAGGAGAUGAUAGUUAAAUGGCAGAGUGACUUCAAUCUGUAAUAUAUAAUACCACCAAUAUCAGAACCUUCAAGAGAGCUUAACUGACAAAAAAUAAAAAGGACCCACCUAAAGUGAGUUUGACAAAUGAAACUGAGCCAACCAGAACCUAUGAGACUUGAAAAACCCUCAGAGGCACAGGCAAAAGGAAGGUUCAAACCCGGCAACCUAUAAAAAAUAUUAGAUAUGUUACAACAUAUCUAAUAUACAGAACACAAUUUGGCAACAAUGCGCUGCUCAAUUAAAUUUAAACAGAAAAGUAUUUGAUCAGAAAUUUAAAACAUGCAGUAGAGGCCAGCAGCCUUUCCAGCAUAUACAUACAAUUAUGCGAAUGUCCACAUGGACUCAAGGAAUACCUAUUACUAUAAUAGGGCACUUGGCUGUAAUUAUACGAAGGGGCCCAAGGAGGAGCAAAGAGCCGCUUAACAACCAAACAGGCAUGUUGUACAACUCGUAAGUAACGUGCAUGCGUACGAACACAGGGCCAAACGGGUGAGCACAACCUCACGAAAGCCAAUGCAUAUGAACUGACAAGCAGUAAAAUAAUUAAACAAACUACCGAACCAUACUUUCGUAUGGAAGUUAACAAAAGACUAUACGAAAGGCAUACGAAAUAGAGGUAAGUGUGAGAAUAGAGUUGGCCCGUGAUGAUGCUGUGUGCCCGCGACAGGGUCUCAAAUGUCGACCAACUCGCUGUUAUGCAGCUUUGAGACAUUUAGCGGUAGAGACCAGAGGAGACGGGAAAUAUCCCAGAGGCCUUGGAUGGCUGAAAACUCGAACCAGGAACGGGCAGACUCUCUAAGAGCAGGUAAGGUAUCCUCGAGGAAAGGUAAGCAAAAUGGCGACCUGCGGCAGCCGGAAGUCCAGGUAUGCAAAUCGCCAGACCAACAACGGUAAUGAGGAGGGGUCUGGCGGUCCUUAGGUAGGGAAAUCAUGCCCCUCGCAUAACUACAGGCCCAGCAUUCCAUAUAUUAUUUUUCUCUUCUCCACAAUUAUGUAAUUUAGUUAUAUUAUAAUUUUAUAAGAAAAGGAUAGAGAGAUCGUGUUAGUUUUAGUAACUUCCAAAUUCCCAUACCCCUAAAGUGUACUAAGGACUAGGGAGCUAUCUACUUAACUGCUGUAAGAAUAUCACAAGGAAAAAACCCUUUUCUUAUUUUUGUUUUUUUCCAACUGUUUCUGCUAAUACAUCAGAUCUGGAUUAAGAAAAGCACAAAAGCUAAUUUUCUUCUCUUUUUUAACACUUUUUUUCAGUCAGUUUUUGUUUAGUUGCUUGUUCCCUAUUAGUUACAUUGAGAGAGUACUCCUGGCCUCUCUAGUCUACAUUGUCCUUGUUUGAAGGGUACCACUACCAUAUGUGAGGGAGGGAAGAUCUACACCUGCUUACUUUGGCAACCUAAUGUAAGAUAAUAGACAAUCACCAAUAUUUAGGGAUAAAAAAUUAGAGAGUUAUCUGCUUAACUACUGAAAGUGCAAGGUAAAGGUAAAAGCCUUUCCCUUCAUUUUGUUCUUUCUGCUGUAUUUCAAGAUUUUAUUAACAAUGGAGGGACUGUUUGUAAAGUUUCACUAUUGUUUACCUAGAUGUUUACAUACAUAUCCACUCACCAGAUCUUAAAACACAUCACACACACAUUUGUAGCAUCUUUCAGACACUUUUUAGGAAUGGAUGUAUUGUAAGCUUUAGAAGUGUCUUCAUGAUCAGGCAAGCAAUGAAAUUUGGAGUAUAUUAUCUGUGGAGAUGGUUUACUAAUUAACCUAAACAAAUUGAAGGCAGUUCUAGAGUGGCCUCUACCACAAGGACUUAAGGCUGCCCAGAGAUUUGUAGGAUUCAGAAUAUCCAAGGGUUCUUCAAGAAUAUUGCUCCAAUUAUAUUACUAAGAAAGGAACAAAUUCUAAACAUUGGUCCCCUGCAGCAGUAGCAGCCAUCCUCCUCCUCUCAAGCCUUUUGUGUUAGAGGUUGAUGUCUGAAGUUGGAGUAGGUACUAUCUGGUCUCAGAGGACUUCUCUGGAUACUCCCCUUCAUCUUCUUCAUUUUGUCUCUAAAAAAUGUACAUAAACAGAGAUGAAUUACAGUGCCAAAAACCAAGAAUUGCUAGCCAUAAUACAAGCUCUGAAGGAGUGGUGUCAUUUGUUGGACAUCCUUGACCUGUCGCCAAAUUCUCCCAUCAGGUUCCUUAUGGAUUGCUACUGCCCCUACUCAUACCUACUAAGUCAUGGAUUCAUCUUCCUUUCAACUUUCUCAUCUGCCUAUCACCCACAAACAAAUGGGCCUGCAGAGUGUGCCAACCAAUCUUUGGAGCAAUACCUAAUCUGCUUUAUUUCUAAUAUACAGGGCCCUGCUUCCCUGGGCUGAAUUAGCUUGUAAACAACUCUGCCCAUAAAGCUUCUGGUUACAGCCCGUUCUAAAUAACAUACGUCUACCAUUCUGCUGUCCUCCUGUCCUUCUUUGUUAAUAUAGAAAAGACGGGAUUGUAUUUGCAUUUAGCCACAUUACAGAACGUCUGGGGGCAGGUCCAUGCCAUUCUGCAGAAAACUGCCAUGCCCCAGAAAAUAGCAUGCUGAUCUGCAUUGGUGAUACUGGCUGGUUGUCUACACAGAACAUCUGUCUCCACAUUCCCUGCAAAAUGAUGGAUCCCCAUUACAUUAUAAAAUCCUUUAGAAAGUGAACCCUGUGUCAUAUGCUGUAGAUUUACCUAAGAAUCUCUAAAUUAUUUUUAAUGUUUUUCAUAAAACCUUUGCUAUUCAACCAGUUUACCAAGAUGAUACCUCCUCCUGCUCCUGUUCUUGUUAAUGGAGAGUACCAGGUUUGGGAGAUUGUGGAUUCCUGGUUUUCUAGGGGCUUCCUUCAGUAAUUAGUGCAUUGGAAAUAUUAUGGACCUCAAGUUCCUGUGUUCCAGCUUCUGAUAUCCAUGCUCUGCUUCUUGUUCAUAGAUUCCAUGCCAAGUUUCCUUCACAUCCUGGUUUUGCCCACCCUGAGGGCAGUUCUGGAGGGGUGGAGGGUAAUGUCACAAAACUGCAAUCACGGAAGUAAUAUCGCUUUACUGUUCCAAUGCACACACAUGUUCCUAGCUUCCUGGUGACUAGUUCUGAUGUCAUUUAUGACACCAAACCCUUCCAUUUGUCUCCUAUAUAUUGUCAGUUUGUGUGGUACUUUUUGAUGAUGUUUACACUAUUAUGACAUCACAGCCCUCUGCCGAGUAUAUAUAAUUCCUGAUUGUCCUUGUUUGCUUGCCCUCUUUUUGUUUCUGUAUACCUGAGAGAGCAUUAUUGUCUAGUGAUUUAUUGUUUAUUGACCUUGGCUUUUCUGACUAUGCUUGUUCUCUGUAGCCCUAAGAAUUAGAAAGAAUGAGAAAACAAAUGUAUCAUCACCACCAACAAAAGGGAAGAAAGUGGAGAAAUUAACAACCCACUCACCUGUUUCAUCCCCAGGGCAAAGCAUCAAAACUCUUUCAGUCCGUGGUGUGGGGAGCUGACUUUCAGAGUUCCAGAGCUCAAAUACAAUGCCCUACUGUAACUGGCUGCUCUGGCAGACGUAGCAGGCAUUGCCACACCACAAACCAAAGCAGUCAGAGGGGAAAAAAACUAAAUUAAUUUUGAAGGAGAUUUGCAAAUUAGAGAAAAGGAAAAGAAAAAAAGGAGUGGAAGAGGACAGUGAGCAGGCAGUUGAUCACCUACUCACUUGUUUUAGCCCCAGGGCAAAGUCUUUGAUGGAGACCUGAUCAGCAAUGACACAGGCCACAAGAGGAACUAUAGCAUCUGAAGUCUGGGGUUAACUGUGGGAGGCACUCCGAUGAAGAAUGCUUGGAGCUGAAAAAUCAGGUCUGCUUAGAGUUCUAUGAGAAAACGUGCCAAAUCUGUAGUGAAAUGCACAGAUUGACCAGCAGCCUUUGAAAGCUUUUCUUUCAGAACCCCAACACAGGAACAAUAGCGAGGGGACUAUCUUCCUGCCAAAAGUGUAACGUAAGGGAAAAUGGUAUUGUGGUGAUAUUUGUGUAUACCCAGAGUGGUACCUCUGCUGUAGAUUCUCCCAGAUCCCUUAGUGAAGCAGUGAUUAGAACUCCCGUAUACCCAAAUAUCAGUCGAGACUUGAUGCAGGGUACAAGAACUGGUUUGCUUAUCCAAAAGCACACACUUUUAUACACAGACCCCCAGGAUGGGGUCUCUAUUCAUGAACACUUAAGCCUGCCCAGACGCAGCGGCGUACAUACCACGGUUGCAAGGGUCGCAGCUGUGACCGUGCCCGUCACUCCAGGGGGCCCGGCCACCCUGCGGACCCCUGCGAGUGGGUGUCUGCCGCCAUGUUUUGCGGCCAUGCAGUAUAAUUGCUGGGGCCCACAGGUGAAGGGGCCCAUCAGGUGGCCCAUGCUGUUAGGGCCACCCGAUGGAAAUAAAUAUCACCAUCAGAGUGGGCCCGAUAAUAGCACGACCAGGCCCACUCUGAUGAUGUCAGAAGCUGGGAGGAAGUGACUGCCGUCAACCUGAGCCACUGGACCCCAGGGAAGUCACCCUCCUGCACCUAAAAGGUAGGUAAUAGGAGGGUGACUAAAAUAUUUUGCAUGUGGGUGUGUUAGUGUGUGUGUGUUUCUAUGUAUGUGUCUGUAUGUAUCUGUAGUGUAUGUAUGUAUGUGUGUGUCUGUAUGUGUGUGUGUGUCUGUCUAUGUAUGUGUCUGUAUGUAUCUUUAUGUAUGUGUGUCUGUAUGUAUGUGUGUGUGUAUGUGUCUGUGUCUCUGUGUGUGUCUGUAUAUCUGUGUGUCUGUGUGUGUCUGUAUAUCUGUGUGUCUGUGUGUGUCUAUGUAUGUGUCUGUAUGUAUGUAUGUGUGUCUGUUUGUAUCUCUGUAUGUGUCUGUAUGGGGUGGCGGGGGGGGGCCCAUGUAUCAGUUUUGCACCGGGGCCCCAUGGAUUGUGUGUACGACACUUCCCAGGCAUCUCUGUGUCUGGGAGAUAAUUGAGUUGAUAACUGGUAAACUAAUCAUCCAAUAACAUCUCUUAAACAAUAAGGUAUCCCCACAUGUUAUAUGUCCAAGAUGACUGUAAAAUCCUGUAUUAAGUGGCUAGGUGGGAGUUUCAGAGCUGUUUUAGGUUUGUCUUGCUAAUAGUGUCUGGACACUCUGGGGGAACAGGACAGUGAGGUAGGAGGUUAGUGGAUCUUUUAGGAGUGAGUUCAUCACAAUAUGAAAGGCUUCUUUUCUAUCAUUGAAAAGGAAGAACCCCGAACAGCAAUCAGCUGGCUAAUAAGACCUGCUGUAUGGACAUAGCCCUGGAGUGGACCCCUGAAUUGUUCUACGAUAGGCUGGACACAUUGCAUUGACCUCCUAGGUGGUAAGUUGGAAAUACCGGCAGAAGAACUUGCAAUAGUGGUGGUGGGUGAAACCUGACUCUCUUUCACUUUCCUAGUGAGGACAAACUUAGAUGGAUUCAUUUAAAAGUUUGAUUGUAAAAAGAAAAGAAAAUGUGAAAAGAUUAGUUUAUUAAACAUAACUAGAGUAUAAGGGCUAGUAUGGUUGUUGUUUUGUUUUUUUAGUGUUUUUUCCUGUGUGAUACAGGUGCUGUUGCUGCAGUGCACACACUAACAGUAUACAUGCUAUUUCUUCAGUUUAACUAACUAAAUGGAUUUAAAUGAAUUUAAAUGUAAAAGGAUCCAAGAGCUAGAAUAGUAUUUCUCUACUAGGCUAGCCUAACCUACCUAACUUAGUAGUCUACCCUUUAUAGAGCAGAAUUCCUCAGGCCUCCAAACCAACUUACAGGACUCUUGUUCGCCCACUAAAUACAUUUAAAUCAAUUGAAGCUAAGCUAUUAAAGCUAAUAUAUACACUGCUCAAAAAAAAUAAAGGGAACACAAAAAUAACACAUCCUAGAUCUGAAUGAAUUAAAUAUUCUUCUGAAAUACAUAGUUGAAUGUGCUGACAACAAAAUCACACAGAAAUUAAAAAAUGUAAAUCAAAUUUUUCAACCCAUGGAGGUCUGGAUUUGGAGUCACACUCAAAAUUAAAGUGGAAAAACACACUACAGGCUGAUCCAACUUUGAUGUAAUGUCCUUAAAAGAAGUCAAAAUGAGGCUCAGUAGUGUGUGUGGCUUCCACGUGCCUGUAUGACCUCCCUACAACGCCUAUGCAUGCUCCUGAUGAGGUGGUGGAUGGUCUCCUGAGGGAUCUCCUCCCAGGAGCAUCUGCCAACUCCUGGACAGUCUGUGGUGCAACGUGACGUUGGUGGAUGGAGCGAGACAUGAUGUCCCAGAUGUGCUCAAUUGGAUUCAGGUCUGGGGAAUGGGCGGGCCAGUCCAUAGCAUCAAUACCUUUGUCAUGCAGGAACUGCUGACACGCUCCAGUCACAUGAGGUCUAGCAUUGUCUUGCAUUAGGAGGAACCCAGGGCCAACCGCACCAGCAUAUGGUCUCACAAAGGGUCUGAGGAUCUUAUCUCGGUACCUAAUGGUAGUCAGGCUACCUCUGGCGAGCACAUGGAGGGCUGUGUGGCCCCCAAAGAAAUGCCACCCCACACCAUUACUGACCCACUGCCAAACCGGUCAUGCUGGAGGAUGUUGCAGGCAGCAGAAUGUUCUCCACUGCGUCUCUAGACUCUGUCACGUCUGUCACAUGUGCUCAGUGUGAACCUGCUUUCAUCUGUGAAGAGCACAGGGCGCCAGUGGCGAAUUUGCCAAUCUUGGUGUUCUCUGGCAAAUGACGUCGGGCCCUCAUACCACCCUAAUGGAGUCUGUUUCUGACCAUUUGAGCAGACACAUGCACAUUUGUGGUUUGCUGGAGGUCAUUUUGCAGGGCUCUGGCAGUGCUCCUCCUGUUCCUCCUUGCACAAAGGCGGAGGUAGCGGUCCUGCUGCUGGGUUGUUGUCCUCCUACGGCCUCCUCCACAUCUCCUGAUGUACUGGCCUGUCUCCUGGUAGCGCCUCCAUGCUCUGGACACUAUUUUGACAGACACGACAAACCUUCUUGCCACAGCUUGCAUUGAUGUGCCAUCCUGGAUGAGCUGCACUACCUGAGCCACUUGUGUGGGUUGUAGACUCCGUCUUAUGCUACCACUAGAGUGAAAGCACUGCCAGCAUUCAAAAGUGACCAAAACAUCAGCCAGGAAGCAUAGGAACUGAGAAGUCGUCUGUUGCAGAACCACUCCUUUAUUGGGGGUGUCUUGCUAAUUGCCUAUAAUUUCCACCUGUUGUCUAUCCCAUUUGCACAACAGCAUGUGAAAUUGAGUGUCACUCAGUGUUGCUUCCUAAGUGGACAGUUUGAUUUCACAGAAGUGUGAUUGACUUGGAGUUACAUUGUGUUGUUUAAGUGUUCCCUUUAUUUUUUUGAGCAGUGUAUAUAUAUUAUACACACACACACCUGGAUGCUACAAGCAUCUAUCAGUAUUGUAGGUUCAACAUAUGUUGUUUGUAAAAUUUCAUGUAUGUAGAGGAGACACAUUGUAAUGUGUGUAAGGUGUUUGUCUGUGGUGUACUUUAUGUGAAUAGGGGCUGUAGUGUGUGUUUCUGGCCUGUAAAGUAGGUGCGCAAGGCCUAUAUGUGUGUGCAUGUAAGCGCUGUACUUUGUGUAUGUAUCUAGAUUAUGCAGAGGGUUGCAUUGUGUGUUUGUAUCUAGGAGCUUUAGUGUAUAUGCAUAUAGGGGCUGAUGUACACGUGUGUAUAGGUACAAUAAUGUGUGUGUAUAGGGGGUUAUAUUUGCAUGUAUGUGCAUAUGUGUAUAGGAGUAUAGUGUAUGUGUGUAUAGUGUGUGUAUUUAUAGGGGAUAUAGAGCAGUGUAUGUAUAGACAUAGGCGUGCGCAGCCUAUUGCAUUCGCGUGUGUGAGUAUGUAUGUAUCUAUAUAUAUAUAUAUAUAUAUAUAUAUAUAUAAACACACACACACACACACUGCUGUGUGUGCUGUUAGUGUGCUGUGUGCUGUUAGUGUGAUGUGUGUGUGAGGGUGCGUGUUUGUGACUGUGCGGUUUGUGUGUGAGGGUGUUUGUGUGUGUAUGUUUGUCCUGUGAGGGUGCUGUUUGUGAGGGUGCUGUUAGUGUGCUGUGUGUGAGGGUGUUGUGUUUUUUUUAAAGGUGCUGUGUGUGUUUGUGAGGGUGCGGUUAGUGUACUGUGUGUGUGUGAGCUGUAUGUGUGUAGGUGCUGUAUGUGUGUGUGCUGUAUGUUUGGAGGGAUUUGGCAGAUUAGUAAAUCCUUGCUGCCAUGUGCCAUCCCUGGUGGUCCAGUGGAGAGUGAACUCUAGCCUGCGGGGCUAGAGUUAACUCUCACGAGAUCUGAGCGUUGCCGCAGCAACGCUCAGAUAUCGUGAGAGGAACCUGGCGGAGCUUCUGUCUAGAGCUCCCUCCAUACUGCCUCCCUCCAUGCUGCUGUGGGCCGGUGAGGUAGAUCUUUGGUCUCCCCGCCGGCCCAUGUAGGCUUAGAGCAGAGCCGGCACUCAGAUAGCGCCGGCUCUGCGUGUGUGUGUGUGUAUAUAUAUAUAUACGUACACACACACACAUACAUACUCACAGACACACACAUACACUCACAGACACACUCACACACACACUGACACACACUCACACACACACUGACACACACACAUACAUACUCACAGACACACACUCACAGAACCACACACACACACAUACUCACAGAAACACACACACACACACACUCACAGACACACACACAUACUUAUAGACACACACACACUGACAGACACACACAUACUCACACACACAUACUCACACACACACACAAAUUAUUAUAUUUUAAUUUUAAAAAACAAUGUCCACCCAGCCUCCUACCUGGAGUGCUGGUGGACUUUUCCCUGGGGUCCAGUGGGGGCGGGCGCCUUUCUCCAGCUGAGCCGCGGCGAGGGAGCUCUCUGCUGUCGGCUCUCUGCUCCCUCUUGCCGCGCGGGCUGUCUGCUGCAGCUGGGAGCCGGAAUAUGACGUCAUAUUCCGGCUCCCGGCAUCAGCGCGCGGCGAGAGGGAGCAGAGAGCCGACAGCAGAGAGCUCCCUCGCCGCGCGCUGAGUGGGGCGUGGGAAUCCAUCACCUCUUGCCCUCCCAUGACAGGGGCAAGAGGUGAAACAGGGGGCACUGAGUGCCUGCAGGAACAGCGUUCCUGCUCAAAAAAAGUGCAGGAACGCUGUUCCUGCAGGACUCAAACCAUAGGCGUGCCACAGGGAUUAGGGUGUGCCCAGGCACACCCGGCACACCCCGUGCGCACGCCUAUGUGUAUAGAUUGUGUGUACAUGAACAUGGGGUAUAGAGUGUGUUUACAUACGGUAUAAAGUGUAUGUUGUGUGCGUUUAUAGAUGGUAUAGACUGUGUGUAGUGUAUUUGCGUGUGUGUGUGCAGGGGGUAUAGUGGGUAUAUAGGCCUAGGGGGAAUAGAGUAUGUGUAUUGUGUUUGUGUGUGUAAGUGUAGGGUGUGUAGUUUGUAUAGGGAUAUAGAGAGUGUUUAGUGUACUUUGUAUAAGUGCAGGCUUUCUCUGUAGUUGUGUUUGCCCCAACCUUGCACCUCAUGCUGAAAUUCUAACCCAUCUGAGGAGCUGGCUAAAAAGCUGUUAGCCUGGUAGUCCUUCAUGAGUUCAGCGAUAAGGCCACUUGUUCUCAAGGUUCAAAUAAAUCCUUCAGGGUACUCUUCUUUAGACGUUCCAAGUGCUGCUCCACCCACGAUAGGUACACAGCCAAAUGGGAUUCUCUGGUGAAAGUGAUCCUGGUACUCCUUUGGGUGUAUCCUAAAAGAGGUAGUGAUCAAUCCCACCUCUGACACCAAUUUCUACAUAGCCAAAUAUCAGAGAGUUGAUGAAACGUGAACAAGGGAUGUUAUAUUGGCACAGCAAAUGCACAUAUAUAUUGUUUACAGUGUGUAUUUAACCUCCUGGGGGGUUAUCAACAUAAAAAAGGACAGUUUCCUCCCCAGCACCACCAAGUAGUAGGAAGAACACAGCUCCAAUACCCCCUUUCCCAAUAUGGCACAAGCAAUGCAUCCCCAGGUAACUCACCCUGCAGUUAUUCUCUGUCCAAAAUGUUCCCUUAUUUCCAUUAUGGUGUCCUAUUGUCACCUGUUUAAAGGUUUGACCGAUUUGGAACCUGUUAAGUGGAGUUGGGUCCUAGGGGAAGAAGACACAGUAGUUUAGUUUGUGAUAAAAUUGGCUGAAUAGUUGUUCCUGUAAUUUGUGUAUGUAGUACUGAACUUGCAUUGUUAUCAUUUUGACCUGAUUUAUCUCGGAAAAAAUAUGAAAGUUCCAUUUUGUUUGAUGUUUGAUGCUUGUCUUGAGACUGGCUAGUAUAAAGACUGGAAAAAUCUUGUGUAACAAGAUUAGAUGAGGGUUGUACGCCAAUGAGAAUACAUUUGGGAUAUGGCCUGAACCUGGCAAAUUAUUUUGCCCAGGCAUUUAAAGAAGAGCAGCCCAAUAUGUAUGAGCGAGACAGAGAGAGGGCAUGUUAGUCUGAAGUCCCUCCAGCGCAUCCCAUGCACAAAGGUCUGCUGAAAAGCUCUCACAUGGGGAAAAUGACCUUAGGGUGUUUUACGCAGCACAAGUGAAUUUAAUGACAUCCUUGAACUGUGUUUACUGGUGAAAUGUCUCUGGUGUACCAAUAAAUGGGAUACCAGAGGGCACAAGUGAGACAAGGCUGGUAAAGGGUGAUGUGUAUUUGUGGCAACCCAUGCUGUUGUAUGUGUUUGGUGCCUCCUGGUGGGAUUGUAUGUGUUAAGGAGUCUGUUUGUGGUUUACUAUGUGUGACUAGGAGCUGUUGUCAUGGGCAUAAUUGUAAAGACAUCCAUGCUUGGCCCCUUUUUGACAUUGUCAUGAUGGGGAGGAGCAUAGUCAUUAUCACAUAAAACCAGGGUGAAUAGCGUUUUCACAACUAUGGUGUCAGGAAUACAUGUUUAUUUUCCUGACACUAUAGUGUUCAUUUAAUCAAAUUAAAGGAACAUUCUGGUCAUCAUAACAACUUCAUCUAAAUGAAAAUGCUUUGAUGCAAGGAGACCCCUGGGCGCUCUCUUUCCUUUAAGGAGUGAAAGCGCUCUCAAAUUGUUUAACCCCAAAGGCUUCCUCCAGCUCCAGAUCUCCAGGUCGCUCAGUGGUAUUCAGCUUUUCUGCUCCUUGCUGACCCUUCCUCUCACUUACCUGAUCUGUAGGUUGAGCUCCUCCUCCCUCCAUGCUUGCUGGCUGCACUCUGUGCUGCUCCCCUGCGGAUACAGUCAGGAGAAAGAAGCAGGGAUAAUCUGUAGCUUCCUAUCCCUGCCUUUCUCCAUUCACAGCUGGUCGGCACCGGUAUUGCAGUUUAUUAUCACACAAAUUAAAAAUAGCAGCACAAGCUGAAAAAUCCAGGUGCCCCCCCUGUGGAUGCCCAUGGCUGUCGUGUGUAUGUGUGUCCACGUGCUGUAAAGUGAACGUCUUGUUUGUUUCUUGGAUGUGCAGUGUGUGUAUAGGGGCUGUUGUGUGUGUGUGUGUGUGUGCAUCCAGGGGUAAUAGUGAUUGUGUGUAUUGGGGCUGUAGUGUGUUUGUGUAUGCAUCUAGAGAUUAUAGUGAAUGUGUUUGUAUAGGGGCUGUAGUGUGUUUGUGUGUGUAUCUAGGGGUUAUAGUGAAUGUGUGUGUAUAGGGGCUGUGGUGUGUUUGUGUGUGUAUCUAGGGGUUAUAGUGAACGUGUGUGUAUAGGGGCUGUAGUGUGCAUAUAUGUUUAAAUGGGCAGUAGUGUGAAUUUAUGUGCAUAGGGUUUGGACGGGGUCUGUAGUGUGGGUGUGUAUGAAUAGGGAUUAUAGUGUGUGAAGGAUAGGAGUUCUAGAGUACUUAAAUAACUUUUUAAAAAUCAAAUAUUUAUCCCCCACUCCCUUUUAUUACCAGUGGCCCAGGGUGGGGGACAUCCUGGUAGUCCAGUGUGCAGAUUUCACUCUCUGCCUGGUGCACAACAUUUCUCUCUUGAGCUUUGGCACUGCUAAAUUAGAGUUUUACCGUAGUAACCUGCUGCAACACUUUCACUAACCAGAGCUCAUGGGAGCAAAGUACUUGGUCUUCACCAGGCUCUCAAAUGCUUCAUAUUCCCUGGUGUUCAAGGGACUGAUCUCCUUUUUUUGGGACGGCGUUCACUGAACAUCGGCUCUGCGUGAAAUCAAAAUAGUUUCUAAAUUCAAACAGUUUACCCAAAAAUAUGAUUUAUUUUUAUUUUUUUUAUUUUUUUUACCUCUACUAAAUAUUUGCAGUUUUGGUGAGGUUUAUUUUGCAAAUGAUGUAUUUACAAUCUAACUUCUGUCUACAUUAUAAAACCGCAUGUUUUUUUUUACAUUUUGCUUCAGCCAGUGAAUCAAAUGAUAUUCUCCAAGAAGCACAGGUACAAAUCUUCUCUAACAAGCUUUGCAACAGCUCCGACUGGUAUGAUGGGAAUAUAGGUGUCCACAAUAUAUGUGCAGGCUACGACAAAGGGGGCAUUGACAGCUGUCAGGUAUGUUCUCUUAUUCUAAAUGUCCCCUUUACAUAGACUAAACUCUCUCUCUGUCUCUCUCUCUCUCUGUCUCUCUCUCUCUCUCUGUCUCUCUCUCUCUCUAUCUCUCUCUCUCUCUAUAUAUAUAUAUAUUAUCUGAAAUGUGUUUAUAGCAUUUUAUACAUUUUCUUUUUUUAUUUGGGGCAGGGAUUUGUGCAGGAAUUAACUAUAUAAAUCACUUUUAUAUAACUUUGCCACAACUCCUCACAGUGCUAAUGGGAGAUUUAAGCAUGGUGGGCUAGCUUGUGCCUGGCUUCUCUUCUCAAUGAGCCGCAAUAAAGCUCGUUGAUAAGCAUAAGAAAGCCGCAAACAUGGCCAUAUGCGCAUGCAUGCAGGCGUCUUCAAUCUGUGUUGGGAAAAGCUGUGUUAAUAAAAAAAAACAUACAGAAAAAAAUGCAUUUUUGGGAGUAUAUCUACUAAAUUGAAAAAAAUAAUUUUCAGUGGUGUUUUCCUUUAAAAACAUUUUUGUAUGGACUAUAUUUUUGUGUUAUUUUCAUGCUGGUUAUAUACUUUAACCCCUUAAGGACAGAGGCAAUUGUCCAAGUUCUAAACCAAAACAAAACAUAGAACUAUAGGUCUGUUUAAAUAUAAUUUACCUCUUUCAUAUUAUUUAUUGUUUUGUUCAGAAAAUGGCUUUUAUAUCAUCUCAAAUAUUUAUAUAUGCAACAUAAUUUAAUUUGAAUAAGAAUCUAAAAAAAAUAAAUUGGGAUAUUAAGAAAUGUUAUUUUUUAAGUUCUGCAUGGCAUUUUAAGUGUGAAUGUCAUAAUACUGUUAGCUUUUAUUUAAUAAAAUACACAUAUUUGUGUGCCUUGAUGUCCCACAAGUACAAUGAAACACCCCCAUGCAGGGCCGGUGCAAGGAUUUUUGCUGCCCUAGGCAAAAUAAAAGUGGAUGGGUCACAUAUUAGUGUAGAGGGUCUAAAGUGUGUGUUUAUGGAAUGUAGUGUAUAGGGAUACCAGUUUGUGUAGGUGAUGCAGUGUGUUUUCUGUGUAAGGGAUAGAAAGCAAUGUAUUUUUGUGUGUAUGGGAUGUAUUGUGUGUUUAUGGUUGUGUUUAAGGGAUGCAUUGUGUGAAUCUGUGUUUGUAUGUGUAAGGGAUGCAAUUUCUGUGUAUGUAAAGGAUGCUGUGUGUGUGUCUGUAAGGGUUGCAUUGAGUGUGUGUGUAAGAGAUGCAUAGUGUUUCUGUGUUUGUGUAAGAGAAGCAGUGUGUGUUUGUGUGUGUGUGUCUGUAAGGGACGCAUUGUGUAUUUCUGUAUAUGUGUGCCAGGGAUGCAUUGUCUUUGUGUGUAAUGGAUGUUUGGUAUGUGUGUCUGUGUGUAAGGAAAGCAUGGUGUGUUUGUUUGUGUAGGGAUGCAUUGUGUGUUAUUGUGUGUGUAGUGUGAAAGAAAGAGUUUGUAGGGUAGGAUAGGGGCUGAGUCCUACCAGCCGCUUUGUGCUUCUCUUUCCCCCAUUCCUCAGCCUCUCUACCCUCUUGACCCUUACUGCUCUCCCCUCCUGUCCCUCAGAGCUCUCCCCUGCCCCACUGUCCCUUAGUGGUCUCCCCUGUCACUUAGUGAUCUCCCUGCCCCCUUUCUUGUAGUUCUCUCCCCACCUGUCUCCUAGUGCUCUCUCCAACCCUUCCCCCAUACCUUGGUGCUCCCCCGAUCCCUUAGUGCUCUCUCCUACCCCCCCUCAUCCAUAGAGCUCUCCCCUGCCCCUUAGUAAUCUCUACUCUCUCCCACCCCCUCAGUGGUCUCUACUCUCCUCCCUCGGCUCCCUUGGUGUACUCUUCUCUUCUCCCCCCCUUUCCAUUAGUGAUCUCUCCUCUCCCGUCUACCCUCUCCCCCUUAGUGGUCUAUGUUCUCCUCUGCCACCCCCCUAGUGGUCUCUCCUCCCCCCUUUCCAUUAGUCAUCUUUCCUCCCUUUCCAUUAGUGGCCCUCCUCUCCCUCUCUCCUCCUCCCCUAGUAGUCUCUCAUCUCCCCAUUGUUGUCUCUCCUGCCCCUCACCCUUACUGGUCUCUCCUCAACCCCCCUUUCCCACUUAGUGGUCUCUCCUCACCCCCCCAUUCCUUAAUGGUCUCUCCUCACCCCCCUCCUUAGGUGGUCUCUCCUCACCCCCUCCUUAGGUGGUCUCUCCUUCUUAGUGGUCUCUCCUCCACCUCCCCCGCUCCUCCUCCCAUGGUGGUCUCUCCCCAUUCCCUUACCUCAGUGGUCUCUCCCCUGUUUUCUCCUCCUCCCAUAGAGUCCCCCCUCAGUGAUCUCUCCCCUGUUCUCCUCCCCCACUUUCCUAUCCUGUGUAGCGUGUCCAAGCUCCUGUCCGGUCUGCGGUACAGGAGUUUCUGUUUCCUGUACUCGGCCGGACUGACGGGAAGUUCUCACUCAUUUCAGUUUUGGCAGCCGAGGAAUGAAAAUUACCCUCAUCAUGGCAUACCAUUUGCUAAAGAAGACAACCCAGGGUAUUCAAAAUGGGGUAUGUCCAGUCUUUUAGUAGCUAUUUAGUCACAAGCCCUGGCAAAAAUUAGUGUUUAUAUUUGCUUUUUUGCAUUUUUUCACACGCACAGUUUUACUGCUCUAAACCAUUUAUAUUUAUGUUCAGUGAUCUCACAGGCACAACAAUAUUCCCAAUGCCCAGGUUUCCUGGGGUUUCAGAAGUUACAGUGUCAAAUAUAGGGCUUGCAAAAUAAAUUCUCUGGAAUUUCUGCCGGGUUGUUAGUAAAGUUGCCACCUUUAUUAUAAAGAAAAAUACCAUACUAAUUUACAUAAUUAUAUAUGUGUGACAUCACAGGAUGUCAUAUAAGAGAUACAAUACAUUUGCAGGGAAAAAUAUAGGCACACCCAUAUACACACUGAUAUACAUAAACACACAGACACACACAUUGACAAAAACAAGCACAUAAUCACAUUGUGUGCAUGUCUGAUGUUGCAUAUCUGUGUAUAUACCUGAGAUUUGGUGUUUGGUAUUGAAUGUCCUUGUGUAUCUGUAACUGUAUAUCUGUGUUUACUAACAUUGACUUUCCACUAUUCCUAGGAAUGGGAUACUGAUUGGUUAGAUCAGUGUCCCCAAUGGAGUGGGCAUAGAAAGCAUAAGCAAGAAAAAGCAGGUAAAUAUAGAAAAUUUACCUGCAGAGUGAAACAACUGUCAUUCAAACUAAAAUAUCUGAAUGAGACCAUUAUGUCAAAUGCCUUUCUCUUGAAUGGCAGGGGGAGCAGAUAGUAUGGCAUGGGAGCAGAUUGUACAGCAGGGGGUGGAGCUAGAAUGGCAUGUGGAGCCAGCCAUUCUAUCUUCUCCCCGUGCCGUACAAUUGGCACGUCCAUAAAGCAGCACAGGCAGCCACCUUAGGGAGCACCAGCCCGAGUGGCGCUAGAUUAGAGUGACCGGCAGGGGUUGGGCGCACAGCGCUCCUUCCUUCCAAUCACUCAAUGUAGCGUGGAUGAACGGAGCGGACCACGGUACAGGAGCUUCUGUUUCCUGUACCUGGUCGGACAGACAGGAAUCUAUUGCUCCUAUACUGCAGUCCGCUCCGCUAAGCCAUGCCUCAAGAGUGGUAGGAAGCACACCGAAGAGAGGAGCAGACCAUGGGGGGGGGGGGAAGAGGGGAACUAAGAGCACUAAAGGAAGGAAAAGGACCUCACUAAGUGACAGGGAGGGGUGUGACCACUAAAAGAAAGGGAGGAGAGGAACACUGGGGGCACUCAAGGGGGAAAAAGAACACUAAGGACGGGAGGGUGGUCGCACCACCAAAAAGAGAGGGAGGGAGAGAAACACCAGGGGAGAGAGAGGAACAUUAAGGGUACAGGGGAGGGAAGGGAGGGAACUACUACAAAAGAGUGUGGGGGGGUGGGAGGAACACUAAGAGGGGGGGGUGGGAGGGACAUUAAGGGGGGUGGGGAGUAAGAGGCGGAGAGGAACACUAAGGGACAGGGGAGGGAAGGGAAAAAGAAAUAGAUGGGGGGUUGUAGGAGUAAGUAAAUAAAUAUACUUAGUUAAAAUAUACUCAGACCCAGAAAGUACUUUAGCUUGUUAAAGUGCUCGAUGUGUGAAGAGUGUGUCCUCUUUUUUUUAAUUUCAUAUAGUCCAAAUGAAAAAUGCAUGCAUGUUUUCUUUGGGGCAUCUACUAAACAGCUAUUAUUUUUUACUUUGCAUUUGGGCAGUGGAGCGUACCUAUCAUAAUCAUCCUGCAGGAACUCAUAGUUAAUAUGAAAACAUUAAAUUGUGAUGCUUCCAAGCAAAUCAUUUUCAAUGCCUGUCUUUAACAGCAAAGCCUUUAAACAAUGAUGUACAGUUGUUAAUAAAGAUAAAUGUGAAUUGAGGUCCUAUAAUUGUUAUCUUGAUGUUUUUUUUAAUCUCACUCUUUUUACGCAGGGUGACAGUGGAGGACCCCUCAUGUGCAAAAGAAAGAGAGCAAAACUAUUUUCUGUGGUUGGGGUAACCAGCUGGGGGCAAGGCUGUGGAAAGAAGAACAACCCUGGUGUUUAUUCAUCUACCAAGCAUUUCUUUAACUGGCUAAUUGGAAAAAUUACCAACGAGAGUGCAUACAAGUCCAAGAAAAAAUAA